UGUCACUUCACUGUAACCUUCCGACUCCGUAGCGAGCGCCUGAAACUUUCUGUUGGCCGUCGAAAAUGUUGUUAUUUCACGUUGCUGUCGGUGUUUAUUUCUGUCUUUGUUAGAAUAACAUUUUUCAGCGAGUGAAGGAGGAAGAAGACACAGAAGUCUCCGUGUUAGAAGGCGUGAAAGUCAGGUUUCUGGACGGACAGACUUGUUGCAUGUGGUGACAGCGGUGAUACAGGUAGGUAGGCAUUAAUGGGGCCAGUGUAUUUGUGUUUGGUCAACUCUUCUGUCACUCUCUCUGUUUGUCUUGCUCCUAAGUUAUAUCGCACCUUUGCAUUUAUUUUUGUUGAAGUUGUAAAUUGACAGCGUGGUGCGGAGCUGCUCCCAUAUUGGGCGGAGACAGCAGCAACAGAGAGAGGGAAAAUGAGUUAUAACUGUGAUCAAUCAUUUAGACUGUGUAUCCAUCCGAGGUGAGACAUUAGAAAGAAGCACAGGUUACAACUGUGUAAGAGCAAUUUGUUUUGUAGCCUGUUAUUAUUUUCUGAAAUUAAUCUCGUUUUCUAAAACCUACUUCACACUUAUGUUAUUCUUAGUAGGCUAUUACGGUGGCCGAGAACCGCCACUGCUGCUGCUGCUGCUGCAAGAAAUAAAAAAAAUAGAAAAAAUAAAUAAAAAAUUGCAACAGAAGUUACUAAUGCAAAAAAUGAAAUAAACCGAAGCCUGCUGCAAAUUUAAAAAAAAAAAGAAAUGGUGCAGAUAAAAAAAAGCCACAACGGAAGUGAACAACGCAAAAAAAACUGGGGAUAGAAAAAAAAAGUUACUUACUGCAAAAAUUAAAAGGAUGCAAAUUAAAAAAAAAAAAACACAACGGAAGUGAGCUGCCGGGGACCAAUAAUGAUGACACACUGGUGUUUUACCAUCUAGGCACAGAUGACAAUGGCGAGAAGACGGGCAAAGAAGUUAGUGGAAAAGUUGUUGUUUAAUUUCGCUUCCUGUGCUUUUCAAUGUGUCAUUUGGUUAGGCCAUGUAGCGCAUGAGUCCAUAUGAAGUUGAACUGAAGCUAAUAUUACCUGGGUAUCCUCCAGUUCAACUUCAUAUCGACUCAGGCGCAACAUAGCCUGACCAAAUGCCACAUUGAAAAGUCCCAUCCAUCCAUUUUCUACCACUUAUUCCUGUUGGGGGUCGCAGGGGGGCUGGAGCCUAUCCCAGCAUCUUCGGGCGAAGGCAGGGGACACCCUGGACAGGUCGCCAGUUCAUCGCAGGGCUGACAUAUAGAGACGAACAACCAUCCACGCCCACAUCAACACCUAUGGGCAAUUUGAAAGCAGCCAAUUAACCUAACCCCACUUCUGCAUGUUUUUGGGAUGUGGGAGGAAACUGGAGUACCCGCAGUAAAUCCACGCAGAUACAGGGAGAACAUGCAAACUCCCAUUGAAAAGUUCACUAAACGAAAUUAAACAAUAACCUUUCCACUUACUUCUUUGCUCAUCUUCUCACUGUCGUCUUCUGUGCCUAGAUCGUAAAAACCAGUGCAUCAUCAUUAUUGGUCCCUGGCAACUCACUUCCGUUGUGGCUUUUUUUUAUUUGUACCCUUUUAUUUUCGCAGUAAGUAAUUUUUAUUUAUUUUUUUGCAUCAUUAACUCCCAUUGUGCCUAUUUUUUUAUCUGCACUGCCUCUUUUUUAAAUUUUUUCAAUCUCUUUUUCAAUUAUUUUUUUGCAUUCUUUUUUAUUUGCAGCAGUAGCACUUCUCGGCCACCGUAGACUAUUAAGCUUACAACAGAGGGGAUUAGCUUGGGAUGCAAACUGUACAUUUUGCCAGUGCCAGCCUUCCAGUGGGUGACACCAGUCUACCAAAAUGAGACAAAAUUGUCCCCUCAAAACAAACCCACUUUAAGACUUUUUAGUGCACCUGCAAGUUAUAGCUCUGAAACUCAUGUGAAGUCUCUCAUUUUCCCCUCAGUAGUGUAUACUGUUAAGAAUAAUAUGCUUUCACUCCCAAAAAUAGGUCCAUACAGGUAGUGGGAGUUGCACACAGAACAUUUAUCAAAAUAUCAUUUGCCUUAAGUUAACAUCAGUUGUACCUGGGUUUUUCUCUCAUUCAUUCUGCCUCAGGCUGCAGUCAUUUUUUCUGUCUAAUUACUUCCUCUUUCACUGUGCACCACACUUGACAGUGAUGGAUAGCAGGUUAAAAAUGGACAUUUUCUCCUUAGUUGGUGUAUGUUGGAUUGACUCAAGCACACAUGGUGUUCUUCCCUCAGACCAAAGGACCUUGGAAAGAUUGUGUUCCCCUCUGCUUUUCCCAUUCCAAUAUGAUACAGUUUGUCUUCAUUUUCUCCCAACUUGGACUCAUUUUCAUGAUGUAUAGCUGAAGCACAUCAUCAAGACAGAAGUGUAGGUUAUGUCAAAGUUAUGCCAUCAUGAUUACAGUCCAGGUUGCAGAAGUAGUUAGUGUUGCAGCGCAGCUCUGAGGAACAGUGGAUCAGCUGUGAAAGAUGGUUGUUCUCUGUUUGGAUGUUUGUCAAAUAUCAGAAAUCAUUUCAUUUUAAAAUACAAGUUUAAGAGGCUGCCUUAUCUGUGCAGUUAGAUCAGUGCAGAGAUCAGAAUAUUGAGGUUGUAAAGUCACCACAACGUUUGACAGGCAGAACAGGGCACAUUUAAUCUUUCAGUCUCAUACAGUCUUCAUCUUUUUAAUCCAAGUUUCAAGUUAAACGUCUCUUGAUGUUGGUAAUCAGACUGUUCAUAAUACACCAGUAUCACCCAAAUUAGAUACUGUGUUAUAUUUUAGACGCAAGUACGCAGAUAAUGAACAUGCAUGAUCAAGGGGAUGGAGGUAUCUACAAAGAUUUAUUUUUACUUCUUAAGGUAAAACAUUCCCACAAAAUGGGGUAACCUGCCACAAAGAAUUGUGGUCAUUGCAGAAUAAUCUUAUGAUUGUUUUCACGUUACCCAGUUGCUUUAUAAAAUGCCAGAAAACACCUAUCACAAUAAUCCUUAGCCCAGGUUGAAUCUCGUUUUAAUAAAGACAUUUUCCUUUUUGCCACAUAAGACAAAGAAAGCAACAAAUCUUCACAUUUAAACUGCAAAAAAUGAGAAUAGUUUGCGUUAUGGAUUGAAAAGUAACUUUCUUGCGAACAAUUUUGUUUCUUUGGCUAAUAAUUCUUUAAGUACUGUAAAGAUUCCAGCACUUUUUGCAUGAUGUGUUUAAAUUCUCAUCUGAUGAGGCCACAGUUUUCCUUUCCCGUCCUUAGACUGCCUGAGGAAAAAGCAUUUAUUUUUUAUGAAAAAAAAAAAAGAAUCCAUAACCUCAUAAAUGACACAUCCAUUGUGACUUAUAGCCAUUACAUUUUAAAGCUUUUUAUUUUUCUAGGGGUGAUGUCACAUCCUCUGAAUGAUAUAUUUUAUAGGCAUCUUUAUUGGCAUUUGGGAAUGUCUUGUUUUGUUUUGACCCAGUUUUUUCUCUUUCUGCUGCAUUUCAUAUUUGCAGUCUGACCUGAGCUUCAACAGCUGUGACCUGAGGAUUCAAAGUCUGAAUUUCCUCCACUUUUAAAAGUGUGGUAGCACAGCAGGAAUACUGCAGUGUAUCAUGUCUGCAGCAAUGAAGUGAACAAUUUUCAUUCACACAUGUAGCAGAUUCCCUACUGUACUCUACAUGUGCUUCACGUUUUCUUUAAGACUUGACUUCAGAUGAAAGCUCUCCAGUCUGCUCUCCUCACUUUUGAAGUUACAUGCUCCUCCAAUUACUGGGGCCAUGCAGUCUCCCCUAUGGUGUCCUUGGACAGCUCUUUGAGUGCCUGAAAAUGUUGCGGACCAUUAAUUCUGGAUUGUCUUCAUCUGUUUGCAUAAUUUUCCCUCUGUAACCAUUUUCCUUCCCCUUUUUCAUAGUCUGUGCUCUCUCGUUUGUUUUUUAAGCGUAAGUCUUCAAGUGAUUUCAAUUUUUAUAAAUUUUUUCAACACACCUGACAGUUGUUAAACUUUAACAUCAGUGUGUUUUAUGGUGCACAGUCUGUCAGCUGUGUACUGUACACAGCCUGUGUGUUUUACAGCCUGCGAGCUGAUGUUGCCUAUUGAAACUCUUCACCUGCCAACAGAUAGGUUUACAGAUGUAUUCAGCUAUAUUUUUUAUUCUUUUUAUACACUUUCAAUAAGAUGUAGAAUCCCACAAACCCAGCAGGGCAGGUUGUAAACAGAAAUCAAUUUUGUGCUGUUUAGUUUCCUCUUCCUCCUGCAUUUUAAGGUUUUUCAGGUAGACUAAUUUGCUGUCAGGCAGGAGGUUGUUUUUGCAACUCAGGCAGACUACAGAAAUUAAUUUGUCCAAAUAACCAAGUCCUCCUGGGCCAUGGAGGUUGGGACACCGAAUGGCCCUGGUAGGCAAAGCCGCCUUUUGAAGUCUGGAAUGUUUUGGCUGACUUAGAGCAGGCGACUGGAGUGGAGGGAUCAUUUUCACUGACCCAUGGGAUUUUUAACCAUUUUCAUAUACUGAGAACAAAACAGAGUGAGGAAAAAUGCCUGAGUUGAUUUGCAUUGACUUUGCUAUCAAAAACGGAGGAGGGGAAAAUGAAGUGAAACUGAUUUAAAGGUUCUUUGGAUUUUUAGAGCGUGAAUUUUUACCUGUGUGGUUGCCAUGACAUUAAGGAGUCUGAAAUUUUCUCUUUAAAGUUUGAUUGUUAACUCUCUGGCCUUUUAUCAUAUAUAAAUAGAAAUGUAUUAAUGUGAUGUGAGUGCUAAUUGGCUGGUCAUUUGUACUGAGGGCAAAGUUGAUAAAAAGCCACCCCUUGUUAUACAAACGCUUGGAUUGUACACUUCCAUUUGAUCGAAUCUCUCAUCAGGGGCUUAUACUGUUAGUUUCUAAUUUUUCUUAUAUCUAUUAGUAUAAUCGCCACUGUAUUUACAUUAAUAAAAUCAAUUCCUAUUUAUACAUCAUCCUCUCAAGGACUUUAAUUACAACAAGUAAAUGCUUUUAUUAAACAAGCUCGAGGAAAUGGAAGUGCAGGAAACCAGGCGCUCUUGAGUAACGGGCCACUUGAGUUUCCAGCGUAAUAAAUAAUUCACAGCUCUGUGUGAUGAGCUGCUGAGGACAGAAAUCCCUAAUGACAGCUUUUUAUAACCUAUGACUCAGCUGGCCAUUAUGCUUCUGACAUCCCAACACAGACCGCAUUCCCUCUGCAUGCUCAGUGCUCACUCUGCUCUCCCUGCUCUCUCUCUGCACACUGCUUCACAUUGACAAAAGGGGGUUAUAUUACAGACUGAUAUAUACAGCCACUGAAUGAAGAAAAUUGAAAGGAAAACAUAUCUAAAUCAGAUUAUUGUGUUUAAAUGUAGUCUCCUAUUAUGUAAAAGUGCUGAGGUUCCCUUUCAAAAUAUGUCUACACCAACUUGCAAUAUGUGUUUUAUUUAAUACACUGUACACAAGUGUCUUUACAGCCAGCUUAGUUUGUUAAAUGCCUACCAAAAAGAUAGGGGGGGUCUCUUAGGUUACAAAAUAUAAGGAGAAGGAUUGUGGUUAUUGUUAGACAUGUAUGCAGGUGCAAUUUGUUUUUUAUAUUUUUUGUCAGCAUAUGUAGACUUGGCACCUUUUCGGGCAUGUUUAAUCCAAAACUACAACCACUGUCACAGUUGUUUUAACCAUUUUUUAACGAGUGAUAUCUGACACUAAAAUUCCACAAAUGUGGCACACAAAUUAAGCCAACUAAAACACUAAAGUACAUGACAACUCAUGUGUCUACUCUGCACAGUAUGUUUUAAUAAUUAUCAUUAAAUUAGACCAAAAAAUUUGAAGUGGACUGACAACCGAGAGGUAGUAUAAAAACUAAGAAAGUACACUGUUUUGUUUUAGAGAAACAGAGCAAGUGUGAAGUUCCCGCCUGGCAACAACAGUUGUUCCCUAAUUGCUUGAACAAACAAUCACUCCUUGAUUUGUCUUGAAAAUAGUGAAAACAGUGAAUUAAGUUGAAAGUAUCUGUAAGGUUUCCCUGCCAUAAAUGCAGCUGUUGUAAUUAAUUUCUCUCCCUUGUCACUUCCUUCAUUAGGUCCACGCUGGAGGCUCUCGGCUAACCUUAAUGUGCAUUUCUGCUGCUGUGUACGUGCUAGGUAAGAGUCUGAAUAAUUGAGUUCCUCCGGUCUGCUUCAGGCCUGUGACUGAUCAAGUGUUACAGUGUUUGAUUGGCAUAAUGGCACCGUACCCCCCUAGGUGAGGUCAGCUUGAACAACAUCUGGGCCUAGAAGACAUUAUGCAACUCCCAGAAUGAAAGACAAGGCCUCAUUGGGUAUUAGCUGAUAUCAUUAUUGUUAUCAUUUUCAAACCUCACUUAGAAUUGGUGGUUAAUUUUAGAUGCAAAAACGAUCCGAUUACUCAGGGCUCUGCUUGUGGCUGUCCCCAGAGUUAAUGCAGGGAAAUAAAUCUGGUGGCCUUGAUUAAGUACCUGACAAUAGAGUUAGCACAGCACUAGUGGUUUAUAGUGAUACAGCGGACAUGCACAAUUAGGCCCACCAAGUAAUUUACAGUACUGCUUGCAGGUGGUGACCCUGUAUGAGCUAGGGACCACCUCAGAAACAAAUUAAAUCCAAUAGGCAAGCAGAGAAGCAGAUCUGUAGGACUUCCAAAUAAAGCAGAGCAAUCAAAGAUUAAAAAACGGCUGAUGCAUAUUUCAAAUUUGUUUUAUUUUGUUCUCGUGGAAGGAAUAACAUCUGGCACCAGGUUUUUUAUCCAUUAUUUUCUUGAGAAUGAAUGAUCACUUUUAUACGUUGUUGAUCUUUUUACGUCAGCGUGCGCCGUUCUCCCCGCACUGCUACCUAUUAAUUAUGAAAUACUGUAGGUCUUGGCCAUUUCUUUUUACUACUUCUUCCUGCUGAACUCGGUGUGAAAGGCUGCUGUUCUUAUAAAGGUGUGUAAAAGUAAGAGCGGGGGAAGUUCCCCACCAGCAGACCCCGCUCUCUAAAGCAUUAUGUCAUUCGAGUCAAAAAGGCACGGCUGAAGAAAAAUAGCUUGUUUCACACAUGAUAGACACCUUAACACAUGGAGCAAAUGGAGCGGGGUAUGUGGCUACCACUCUUUACUCGAACAGAACUGCACUGCCCCCCUUACAUAAGAAUUCAUACAUUCAUUUAAAAGGUCUACUAUAUCAUUUGAAUGUCAAUUUCAAAUUUAAGAGCAAAGUUUUGAAAAAAAAACAACAAAACGCAAAUGAUUUUUACUGCAUUAAGAGCACAAAAAACAUCAUUUUUCAAAUGGUUACAAACUUUAUUAACAUCUUUUUUUAUUUUAUUUUUUUAAAUAUUAAGGAGUUAGCAGCUAAAGGAUAUCUUUAUCUUUCAGUGUAAUUUGAGGUGCCACAUAAAACAACAGCAUAUCAACCCAAAACAACACAAAUAAAGAUAUAUAAAAGCAUUAUAAACAGUUAUAGUUAAUUGAAAGGCUAAUGGCAGCAUGGUCUAUUUAUACUAGAGGUAUUAGUUCUGCAUCUUGAGUUUCUUAUCCACUCCAGUGAUAUUACUGUACUGUGUGUGAUACAGUAAAGAAAAAUAGUGCCCUCUUCUGCCCGCCCGUCGCCUGCCUGCCUGUCUCUGUCUCCUGGCUCUCAGAUUGAAACAUUACUUCAGGUUUUGUUGUAGUUUACAGAGUGGAGACCGCCACUCUGUGUCUGUGGCUUAUCAGCCUCUUGUACAGGUCAGAUCUGGGCUGAGUGGCAGGACCCCUGGAAUAACUCUGACCACCCUGAUCCCCACUGUCAGCACGUCAGCUUUAGUGUGAGGGGAUUUCAUCAAGGCCACCACAGUACAGUGGUCUCCCUAUUCCACACGAUGGACCACUUGCUGGGCGGGUUUCCUCAGCAAGCCUGUUUUAUUUAACAGGAACAUGUGGUCAGUAUCUUGAUUUGUUGAAUCAGCCGAGUAUUGAAAUAUGCAACUUGAAUUGAUGUUAUAUGUAAAAUGAUCAAUUACCUUUCUGUUAAAUGAUAAUCUAUUAUCAGUCAUGCCUUUUAACAAACCAUCUAUUGUUAUGUCGGCCCUUUUAUUGCCAGUCAGGGCAAGUCCUCAGCUAAACAGCCUUCUAUUUUUAUGUGCGUCAUUAAUUCAUGACGAACGCCCUCAAAUAGAGAGAAAAGCUAAUUGGCAUAAACUCCAGUGAUGUAAGCAGCACCACACUAGCAACAGCUGUGUGUGGCCCACAAAUGCUUGCACAGCUAUUUUAGAGCUCUUCCGAUCCAAAAGAAAUAUACUGUACUGCUACACCUGCAAUGCAAACCGGUCUUGUAGAAAGACAGUGUUAGCAGCAGAACAUUUAGUGUUUUCCCCUGACAGAGAGAGGAUUAGUUCUGUUGAGCUCAGCUAUUAUAUUUGUGACCUUCUGUCAAAACUAAUACAGCAGCAAUCAUUAAUACAUGAAGCCUGUCUUUUCUGAGAUGAUUGCUUUUUCUAUUUCGAGUCGAUAUUGUGAAUGGGCAAUGGUUGGAACAAUUACCACAUAUGUCAUUCAUGUUUUUUUAAUCUGCACAGAUGCUUUCUAUAAAACAAGAAAGAAAAUGCAUGAAUAAGCUUCUAAUUAUGAGUACUAUUUCCACCCAGCCGAUCAGGAAACGCUCCCAGUGUCGUUUCCACAGAUGCAAGAAUUACUCCAAGCAGGUCUACUGGUACUGUAUUUGGCAUUUGUGCCACUAAUGUUUAAUCUCUCAUUAGCCCCUAGGUGACAUGAAACAGCAUCAACCUCAAUCUUGUAUUUGCCAAUCAGAGGUGGGUUGAGUGACAGGCACAGAACAGCACAUCCCUUAUGUAAACCUUUCCUCUCCCGCCACGAAAUUAGAGUGGCUGUUGCUACACGCCACCGCCUCCUGCUUCUACACAAAUGAGAAAGUAAGCACUCCAGUUCAGAAGUUCACAUUUUGGAUGAGUGCCGGAACUACUUAAGGCCGGUGACGUUUUUCAGGGGAACAGGUGGUCAGAGUGACAUAAUUCUGGCUCAGUGUUUGGAUCCUUAGAAAUUAGGCCCUGCUGCUCUGCCAAAAGGGUCAUUACUCUGUCAAUAUGUAUGAAUGCAAGUUAAUCUGACUUAUUACUAAUCUAAACUGAUAAAAAAAAAUUAAGAUACUACCUGGAAUGCUUCUUUGUACCAGCUCAUUUCACAUGGUAUGGAUUUUUUAUAAACAAGCAACCGAAUAAAUAAAUAUCAUAGAUUUGCCUCCAACUUUGACAUGUCUUGAGGCUUGGCUGAGAAAGCUAUUUAUUCUCAUACACUGUUAACUCCUGGCACGUACGCGUUCGAGAGGAAUGCCAUUCAGAAUGCAGAAAAUAUAUUUAGUUCUCGCCAACAGACAGCAAAAGGCACCAGAGGGUCUAGGCCCCUGUGUGAGAACAGUUAUUUCUGUCGCAGUAUGGACUUUCAAUUACUGUAAUACGCUGACUCCUUCAAGAACAUCAGGAGCAAUUAACCAUGUCGAUACAUCAUACAUAUAGAAGACAUGUAAACAUCACAUGCAUAAACAUGACACCUACAGAACAAAUCGUAUUUGGAUAUUGCUUUAUUUUUUUUUUUAAUGUAAAUAAAUUAUUUGCUCUAUUUUUUUUUUUAAGUGUCAAAGGAGGUCAAGAUUGCAUCAGAGUUUAAGAUUUUUCUUGCUUUGUUUUCAGUUAUUAAACCAUUAACUACACCACCCAAACAGGAAUCCUGAUUUGUUAAACAUCUGUGGGCCCAUGGCGAAACAAAAAAAAAAAACUGUUGCGUCCGUGUGUAAAAAAAUGUGCAGUAACAGUUUGACGGGUUGCGUUAAGCCCAUUAAUAGAUAGGUGCUUAUAGACAGUGGAAAUACCCCACAGCUGCAGUCUGUUUGCAGCUCCAUAUGUGAUCCUCCUGUCAGACUUACUACCACACAGAACAAGUCUCAAUUGCAGCCGUACAGAGCUGUGUCCAGCAAAUAUUCACAGCGCACAAUGCAUCAGCAGAUGUUCCGCUUUCACUCACUAUCACAAAGACAAUGCACAAGAUUGGUGACAGUUUGUUUGUAUAUGUUUUGUAUAAAUGCAUUUUAGUUCUUUUUUCUUAUUAUCAGCUUUUAACAUCCUGAAACCGUCUCCGUGGUUUUACUCUGGGAAACCCUGUGAGGUCUGAGCUUAUAUUUGGGGCUGGUUUUACCUAAAGCUGGGCAAAUCUUGUAGCAAAGCCUAGUGAUUCAAACAGGGAUGAACAGAGAACAAUGCCCAGAUAAGUGAAUUACCUACCUGGUAGGAAUACACAGAGGCUGUGUCCUGAAGCUAGGCAACUGGCAGGACUGUGUUUGCAUUAGGAAACAGUUGAGCACCUCCUGCAAACACAACUUAUCCUGUUUAAUUGGUGCAUAAUUCCUCUAGAGCUGUCAUACAUGUCUGUUUUCUUGACCUGCACAAACAAUAGAGGGUAGUUUGAGUAGUCAUUGAGUGGUUAAGUGGGAAAUCUCUUGAGAGGCAAAGAAAGGCAGUAGAAAUUGUGUAAGUGCUUUUGAGUCUUUAGAUUUGCUCAUGUGGUGUGAUCUCAGUCAGUUGUUUGCCAUGGUUGUAACUGAAUUUUAAGCUGUGUCACUUUUUUUCCACCUUAUUUUCUGCUUACCAAACUGAAAAUUUAGUCAUCAACCUCACCAGUACUUAACAUUUUAUUCUUAAUCAGUCUUAAAAAAGAGAAAUGCACCAACUAAACAAGAGAAAACUACAGCUCAAUAUGGAUUGAGACGAUAGAAUUAUACUCGUAGGAUUGUUUCACAUUUUUUCAUCUUUGCCCUCAGCUUUGGAACAAAAUCCAUCUGGUUUAAUAAUGAAAAAUAGAUUUCUUAGUCACAUCUCUGCACUUGUCAUGAGUAAACAAUACCUGUACCUUCUCUCAGUACUCAAACUUUUUAAAUGUCCUGAAGGAGUUCCUGUUCAAGUCCCAAACCUACAGAGAUCUCUAAUGAAGGCUUUACCUUCCAGGCAAGCAUAUUUCUCCAAAUGACAGUAAUUUACAUAUGAUGUAUUUAGAGAAGAAGAGGGCAGGCUAAUUCUAUUUAGAGAUUUUCCUUUGUUUUAGGAGUCAUUAGCAGCUAGCUCAAAUCUAAUUUUUACAAUUUCAUCAGGCCAUCUUGGAAAGCCUCUGUGAGCUCAUCAGAGAGGAGCAUUUAUUGCUAAGUGUUCUCUAUUGCAUUAGCACACAAUAAAGCGGCCAGGGACUGCUACAGACGUUUAUGUGGAAUCCAGUUAACACUCCGCCAAUUCGUUUUUUAUUGGGACACAAUCAAUUUUUAUUCAUUUUAAAGCCAGAAUGCUUUCUUUCAUUGUGUGCCUCCUCCAGCUUAUUAUGCCCUAAACUAAUUACUCAGUUGUUUUCACAAAAUGCUAAUGUUUAUGUUAAAGAUUUCCUCUUUGAAAUGCAGGGCUGGGAUGCAUAUGCAUGAUUCGAAACACUCUGUCACAUAUGAUUUCCAUUAUCAUGCACUUUAAACUGUGUUGUUUAAGCCUAAUAAUUGCUUUCAUUUAAUUUGAAUCAUAUAGCUCUUCUAUCCAAAAGGUGAAUUUAUGUAUCACCUGGCUGCUGCUUGUCACAUCGACUGAUGUUGUAAUGGGAAACAGUCAACUAAGACCCACAUUAUUUCAUAUAGGUAGCAAACUAAGCUUUAUUUUGUGUGGGAGACUGGUAUUAGACAACAGACCAUGAUGCUUGAACAAUUCAACUUGAAAUUAUUUCUGAUGCUUAACAAAAAGAAAGUCUUGAAUUGUGUUGAAAAUUAGAUACUGGUCUGACUUUUGGGUUUCUAUGUAUAGGAAAGUAACAGAGAUCUAAAUGCAGCUUUUUAGUGUUUACUCUAUAGAUUUGCCUCUUAAAGCUGAAGCUGCCAUUUAUUUCUGUGCUUGUGAGAAUAGCAGAGAAAUCUGCCCGUGUGCCUUACAGCAGCUUGACUCUUCUCAAUGUGUGCAUCUUAGCUCCUGUGUGAUAAUUAGAGCCCUUAAGUGCAAACCCAGAUAACCUCGCCCUCUUCAGCCCCUCCACUCAUUCACCAGGAAAGUCUCUAAUGGCUCCCAUUUGACUCUGAUAUCAUUUAUUGUUUGGAAUCGGAUGAACUCCUUGAUCCCCUCACUAUUUUCACUCAAGCACAUUUGACCUAAGCUGUAAAGUAGGCAACAGAUGUCAAGUCUUACUCUUUGCCCUGAAAUGCUUUCCCAUCAGUAAAAAGCACAGGCAUCCUCUACUGGGUAUUAUAUUGCACUAUGAACAAACUAUGAAUAUUCAUAGCAGUAUCCUCUGACAUUGCUCAAAUGAGUGUGCGCACGUGCUGAUAUUUUUAUUUUUUCCAGUUUUGGGAUUUGUCCUGCUGCAGGAUCUGGAAUGCUUUCAACACAUUGACAAGAUGACAAGUUAUCAUUGAUCCGUCCUUACUUAGUGGGAUCCAUUAAAUAAUGUAUGGGCUCCUGUGCAUUACCAAUGCACUCUCCUGUCCUCGACCCAUUAGAGGAGGAGGGCAUGGGGCCCCUAGCGGCUCCAGGCCCUCUGAGGUCCUCAGGCUUUCAUUUAAUUAAAUUAUCCCAUAAUGAAAACUCCAGUAAUGAGAUUAAUUUUAAUUAUUUAUCAGCGGCCGAUUUGAGGGAGAGACUGCAUCAAUAAUGCAUGGACAGGCUAAACAUUUUUCAAUUCAUCACCUUUUCCUUUUGUUAAAGGUGCAAUUUAUUAAGUGCUGUGCAGCUGCUAGAGGUGAUGGUGGUGGAGAUAUGGACGACCAGGCCCUGGGGUCAGAAAGAAGGGCUUGACUGUCACCUGAUAAUAUGCAUUAUAUUGCGAAAUCAGACCAAGAUGUGAGUGCUCUGCAUACUAUUGAGGGAGCAUGAGUUUUAUCCUGAUAUCUUUGCCUGAAAAACACAGUUAUGGCAAUCGGAAUCCAUCCUAACAGUUCAGUUUUCUUCAGUUUCUCACAGCUUUGUGGAUUUGAUAUUAAUACCUAAAGGCAGAGAAGUAAUCAGACUUAUGCCUGUAAUCCACGGCUGUUGUUUGUUUACUUCCGUCAGGUUGGUAUGUUGAUUCCCCUUGUGUGAGCACAUUAGAAGAUUUUGGUGUCCAGCCAACAGAAUUGGGGAAGAUUGUCGACUGUCGCUCAGUGUGCAACUGUAAUUAGCUGGCAUGGAAGUGUGUUUAUUUGAGUUCCCGGGCUAGAGAGAGGCAGCAGACGCAGUGGAGAUGUGUAAGGUGAUACUUUGUUAAAAACAAUUACCCUUUGUGAUUUAAAUGAGCACAUUUCACUUCUUCAUAACUUUUAUAUCAGCUGACUGAAACACAUGGACUGGCAGAGCGGCGUAAGUGGCCCAGGGCAGGAGACAAGAAUGUCAUUGGGAUGGUGAGCCGAGUGCAUUUAUCAGGCCUUCAUCAAUAGUCAAUUAAUAAUUCAGGCCGAGUCUGGGGCUUCUUUAGGGCAGGGUUUCAGCUAGCUUGUAAUUUUGUAAAUUGCAUAGUCAUCAUGCAAUGGACAAGCCAGGGUGCUCUGAGAGUCGGUGUGGAUGCAGAUCUAUAGAUCGGUCUUUGGGAUUAUUUAGUAACAGGUAGUGGAAGAGUUUUUAACCGGAUGUGGUGGAAACGUCGUCCAGUUUUCUCUCUGGAAACUAAGGGCUUCAUGAAGAGGCUGAGAUUACCCCAAUUUUAAGAUUUCACAAACACAGCAUGAAAGUUCCUAUUAUGAACACACAACACAAAAGACUGCGGAGCAAGAGAUGAGGGUUUGAUUGCAAAGGCAACAAACUUAGCGCUGUGCACACAUCGUUGUUAAAGUGGCUCAUUAACUUUCUGCUUUACCUUGGCUUCAGAGUGAACUGUCUUUGCCAGGUCAAAAUGUCACUCCGUAUUCAGAUUGUAGCUUUUGUCAAACCUCUAGUCCCACCCCUUCGGCAGAUUUCCACCAGAUACUUCCUGUGACUUUAAGAAACAAACAGGCAUUUCUUUCCAUUGUGAGUUGUUCAAGGUGCUUCAGCCAGGUGCAGCGUUCACAGAGCAGUCCGAGGCCAGUGAAUGAGCAAACCCCUCAAUUACCCCCGUCCAGCUCUCUGAUAACUCCCAUUCAAUACCCUCGGUCCUCUGAUUGCCCUGACCAGUAUUACCUGUUCUGCGUCCAAAAGUGCGCUAUUCUUCCACAUUGUUUCCAAGGCAACUGGAAGUUUUGGUGACCUAUAAAAAGUUGCUACUCCUGUAACUGAUCCCGGGCUAGGCGGUUGUUUGUUUCCAUGGCAGGCUGCUGGGCUAUAUAUAGGACUUUCUAGCUUGUACUAGUUACCGCAGAAAGCAUUACCAACAAUUUGAUUCAUUUAUUUAGAAGGAAAAAAUUCUCCUCUGGUUUUGAUGGACUGCAGCUCGAGAUCUGGCGGAUGUUUUUAGAAUAAAAUAAAAACACCUGGGGCUGCAGGGAUUGAGUCAGAAAGUCGAGAGGAAGAGGGCUUCACACUCUUCUCCUCUGUUUUGCCACUGUCUGCUUUCUCACCUAAACCCAGAAGCGGAUCCUUGUAACAGGACGUAAUGUUUGUUUUGGAGUCAGAAGCAUUGCCCCGGAUGGCCGGAAUUUCUCUGUUGUGGUUCAGCUUGUGUUUUUAGCAAAGACGCGCGGAGCUGCUGGUAUUGAUGAUUCAUUCGUUCAUCAUCAGAGGUCUCUGUCAGUUCACCGUGUCUCCAUUUACUAUGUGUGUCUUAAAAAAGGCUAAUCAGGGAACCCUCCUUAUUAAAGUCGUAAUUUAUCAGUGAUUCACAGAAGUUGAAAAGAGAUCUAUUAUCAAAGGUGUCAAGUACAAAGUUCAGGAAGAGAUCUCCCUCGAGGCGUUUGGCAGCUGCACUUAAACUUCACUCAACCUAACCUUUUGCUGUAUUUUAGCUGCGUAUCCACAGUGGUCUGUGUACACGUGUUACUAGAAUACUUCUAUCUUGUUUCUAAAACAUUUUCAAUGUUCAGUUUAAAUUCUGUAACCCGGUUUUAAAAUGUAAUCAAUAUUGCUUCUUGAAAACUGAAUGUAGGAAGAGGAAGAGCCUUUGAGUCCACAGAUAAUAUUUAAAGAGGUUUCACAAUAGAUGGAAUGAGAUGGACUUUUAAAAGAGGUGAGAUAUCAAUAGGAAUCCAUUUAGUUUAUGGACUAGAUACAUUAACUUAACUAACAAUCAAUCACUCCCAUCUUUAGAGCUUUUUAAUGCACGUAGAUCUGACAUGUCAAUACAUUUCCAGCGUCAUGCUCACUCUCAAGUCUACUGUUGUGGUUUUUCACCUAUCAGAGUCUCAUAGUUACCACACUCCUGUUGUGCACCUUUUCCUGUACAGUGCAGUGAAUUCCAGUAACACUGCUCUGCAACAAAUACACUUUUACAAUAGCAAAGGUUAAAAGGUUUACAGGAAUAUACUCAAACAGUGGACUUAAGAGGGAAAUAGUUCACCUCAACAUUUUGUCUUUCCAUUUACCAAAUGUACAUCUGACUUGUGGGUUUAAGUUUUAAAAGAUUAAAUUAUGAGACUGUUUUCCUUCAUUUUUUAAAAAUUUCUUGCCAGAAGAGAUCUUUUCACACAGUACAGAAGGAGUGUGUGCUUUGAGCAAUGCAUUUCAAAUUCCAUUUCCUUGUGGAGGAAGUCACCUUUUAGCGGUCCCUCUGCUGAUCCAAACACAGAGGAAACAAACAUGGGAAGUUGACAUAUCAGUGAGUCCAGUAGAUUUCUAUUGAUGUCUUUCACAAUCUUAUGUUAUUAGAAUGAAUUGCAUCAGGAAGCUGCAAGAUUUCAUGUCUUUAAGAAAGAGGAAUUGCAUUACCACACUGUUCUAGUUGGUGUCUCCUCCUAGUUUUUUAUUCACUGUUAUUGUUUCUUUUGUUUAGAUGAUGUAAUCUUUGCUUUUUCAUUUAAAGAGAAACAUGGACAGCUCUUCCUGCUCACCGGUUAUUGAUAGUGCAGCAGGAGUGCUGUAGUAAAAACACUAAAUGAAAGGCUGUCUCCGUUACUCAUGAUGACGGCAGCGACAAGUACCAGACACAUGCACAGAAGUCACCAAGAGGUAGUUCAGUUCAAAGUAUUAGCAUAAAUGUCAGCACUCUCCUUGCAUAGUCUUAAACUGCGAUUACAGCAUUGGUUAUUUCCGAACUUCUUGUCAUGCCUCAAGUCUGACUGCGGCAUGAUUGGAGGCAGCUUGUAGUUCAGCAAGCCGCUAAUAGUUCACACCGCCUUCUGGGCUGUGAAAAAUUGUGCAGCUCAGCAUGUUUCCUGCUGUUCUAUAAAACGAGUGACAUUUGGUGCCUGGAUAAUCUGAGCUUCGUCUUUUUUAAGUGCCUGAUAAGCCCAGCUGUUUAGGGGUUAAAAAUUACUGAAAACUGGUGUCCAAUGGCAGUGCCCAUUCAUCACUGCUAAUACCACUGCGUUUAGUUGCAUUUGCCUCCUCCAGAACAAAUGUGUGCACGUAGGUUAAAUAUAAAUCAUUUUGCUGUCCAUAUUAUUUCUGUUAUUUUUGUGCAGGAUGUAAAGCUGAUUUGUAACACCACAUGCUUAAAUAGCCUUGUCAAAGCUCUUGUAUUCGUCCUUUGGCACACACAGGACCAGAACUUGAAUGUGGUAGCAUAUUCUGUCAGUGAGACAAACCGCUGGCUUGCACAGCUCUGCCUCUUUUGUAACUGUAUUUAGUUGCUAAGCAGAAUGGCACAGACCCAAUCUAAGUGGCUUUCAUCUGGCCAAUUCAAACAGACGUUUGACCCCAGACAUUUGCCUAAUGUGUUUUUGUUAUGUGGACUCCUGGCUUCACAAAUGUCACAGUGGCUGGACUAGUGGGGGUUUAGUGAGGGACUCGGGGGGCAACUGGAACAGGGGAGGCAGCCUGAGGGGGUGGGGUUGCAGAGCAAAAGUCUAUAACCUCUGCAUUUUGUACUCUAACCCACUGGGACUUGCUGGUGUGCUGAACAUAAGUUCCCUGUGAGAUGACUGGCCCCUCCUUCCUAACAGGCCCAGAGCCACUGAAGACUGCUGAUGAGCGGCCCGGCCCCCGGCACUCUGCUGACCUGGGCCCAACUGCACAGGCAGCUGUGGAGGAGACGGGGAGUGCCACAUUUCUGGCCGCCUGGGUCGCACAAGUCAGAAGCCAGCCUAGACAGUUGGGGCAGCCCUGACAAAUGCUGCCAUUAGAGGGGUGCUGAAAAUUUAUUACCAAACAUAUUGGUAUUUUAGGGUGCAGCUGACUUAGAUUUAGUGGCGUUGCUGAUGAAGCUCAGUCUUUAAACUGUAUACCAGACUGCUAACAGAAAGUUUCAUAUCUCAGAGCACCUCUCCUGCAAAGUUGCAAAAGUUACUGUGUGUUGAAGUUAACAGAUUUGAAAGAAGAGCGUGAAUACAGAGGAUGGUUUGCUUCAUUACACAGGAAUUAGUCACAACUGAUUUUUAGUCAUCAAGCUGUGGGGCAAAGGAAAUAUGAAAUGUUAAUCAAACAAACAACAUUUUGUUUAAUUUCAAACUGCACCCGUUCACUAAGCCUCAUUCAAAACAGAAUCCAGAGUAAGUAAGAUAAGAUAAGAAGAACUUUAUUGAUCCCUAAAGGGAAACUCAAUAAGAAGAAAGACCAUCAAUCCACUUUGUGUUAUACAGGAUAGAUGAACCAGACAGAGUUUUGUCAUUUUGUUCAAAAGAGUUGAUGCAGAGUUUAUACAUUAAUCAGCUGCCUGGCUGGAGAAUAGCUGAAGAUACUCAAAAUUAUUUCUUACAUUUUGAUUUAAAAAGUCUAAAACUUAUGGACUAGAUCUCAUGUGACAAAAUCUAAGUUUGACAGAUUUUCAUAAUGGUUCAACAGAUUUUUUAUUUGAUUCAGUGCAUCACAACUUUACGGCUCCUUGCAGUAACCCUGGUGACAUUUACUCAGUUCUUUAAUUUUUUUAGGGACAUUUUAUUCAUUUCAGUUCAUCAUAUGUUCAUAACAUGAUUGCCUUUUGAGCGUAGAAACACCAUAUUGACAUUAUUGUUAUUGUGUUGUGUUGUGUCAUAAAUAUUUUAUCAUAUCUUAAAGUUUUAGGUCCUGUUGGGUCUCAUCCGGAUGUUUUGUUCUGUGUAUCAGAAAUUGUGUCUCUCUACCAGUCUUAUUGUGUUGUGUUGUACAGUAUUGUAGCUUAUUUAUCAAUGAUUAUCUUAAAAAUAUAUCUAAAUAUACUGUAUGUGUGUGCAUAUCAUGGCUUUUGACCGUCAAAUCUCAAAAUAAAUCAAGCUAACCUUAUGUAUUUGACUUAUUAAGCUGAAUUUACUUCUAUUAUUCUCGUUUUCUGUUAACAGGCUAUAUAUCCUGAGUGUAUUGCCCUCAGUGAUACUUCCAGCCAUGGUGAUGUCUCAUUCUGAGUAAUAGGUCUCUGAAGUGUGCUUGUUUGGCUUUUUUGGGGCCAUUUGAGAGCUAUAAAGUGUCUGUCUGAGGAUUUUCGGGGGUCCUUGUAGACUUUCUCCAGGUGUGUCUCACUGGUCAUAAAGUAUAACUUGUCUCUCAUGGUGUAUGCAGGAAUAAAUGUGCCUGCUUGGACUUCGUUGCUUUAACACUCGUUGUAAAGACUCUUUAGAUUUUUUACUGAACAAGUACAAACAUGCAGAACUGUCUUGCGAAGUUAUUUAGAGAAGAUUGCUUAAAUAACAGUUUAAUAGAUAUUUUACUUGAUUCAAAGUAUGUUCUCUGUUGUUUGUCCAGAACCAAGGUGCCUGCAACAGUAGGGUCCCGCAGUUAAUUUAAGCCGGUGACGUGCGCUGAGGUUUACCAUUUCCUUUGUUCUUCCCAAUGUGGAGGGAAGCUCCGCUGUAUUUUCAUGUCGAGGUAUGCUGUAUUUACUUUCAUCACGGCUCCUCAGUGAGGCAGGCCGACCUGAUGUUUGUUUAUAAGGAAUCUGGGCUUCACUCGUAACUUUCAUUCACCACUUGAAAGCACUUGACUCGCUACUAAUUUACCUUGAGGGACUUCAAAAUUAUCUGUCUGCACUUUCAAACUUUUUUUUUGUGAUGAUUACUUGUCAUCAUCAAAGUUUUUUCUCCAGAGUUUGAUGAGAGCUUGGCAGAUAGAUGGGCUAAUGUCAUAUUGUGAUGGAGACUGCAUGUUGAAAGACUAAACUUCAGGUUGCACGUUGCAUGUUUCUUUGGACCUCGAAAUAUUGUUGGCUGUUUUUUUGUUUUUGCUUCAGUUUUCAUUGUUGCUAUGUGUUUUGUACAAGCAGCAGGAACAAAGGAGGAUUGGAAAGUUUUUGAAUAAUCUUGAAUAUCCCUAGGUGGAUUUAGUCACUGGGUUGUUUUCUAUGGACACUGAACGACUCAAAAAUAUCCAGUUUACGGCACUUAAAGAGUUUUUUGACAAAUUGCCAUCUAGAAAAUUUUAAUGUGCCACUUGUGUCGGGGGUAAGGCUGAAGGGUGGGGGUUUGUGGAGUCAAGGAUUUUUUCUUCCUUUUGUAUUUUCUCCUUGGUCAGUAGGUGAACACUUCACCUGGUAAUGCUUGUAUAAAUACAUAAAAUCUGUUAUUUUAUCCAAAGUUAUCCCAAGUUCAGAUUUCCUGUCUUGGGGGAAGGUUUGGGGUGUAACGCUCUGUUGAGACCCCUGUCAAAAAAGGGAACCUGAUCCCCCCGAUGUGUGACAUUGUAUAAACACUGUAGUGGUUCUAACCAAACAAAUUUGCAGCUUAUGCAUAUGAAAAUAUUGCAACUGUGUCACAGGGGUGUUAGCAUUUUGUUUCAUCCGCACCAUUUGAUCCCCUGUCAUUGCCUCCCUGCCCCUUUCACACUGUUUGUGUUUUCUUUCUCAAGCAUCUCAGCUGCAGAACAACAAGUACCGGGUUUGAAUCUUUCCAAGUAGUAAGGGUUGCAGUAAGGUGUGUGCUAACUCUCUGCUCCUUAUCUCCAAAAAGGAAUCAGACAUUUUGGAUAUGAGUCUAUUUUCAUGUGUGUGAGAGGCUGAGUGGAUAACCUGUUGGCAGUGGAGGACAGUGCAGAUCUCUCUUCACUCUAAAUUGCAGGCAGGCAUCUCUGAAACCCCACAUGAAGACCAUUGAGUCCCAUCAAGAUAAUCCUUAAUAAAGAACGGCUUCGCAUUUAAUCUUAGCUCACUUCUCAAAUUUCUGACUUGAUAUCGUUUUUGGCAAGUGGCGUUUUAGCGCUGAUGUCAGUCGAACGGUAUCAGUGCAUCUUUUGUUAAGCCUCCAUUUGGCAGAUGAAGAAGGCUGUGUUAAGAUUACAGUUUUUAUGGCUGCAGAAAAGACGAUUCAGUUGCUCUUAUUUGUGCAUCUAAUGAGGGAUCUUAUGUUUACAGUGUCUUAGCGGUUUUAAGGUGUAACAUUUCAGUGAAUACUGUUCCUUUGAAGCUAAACUAAACGCGUUAAAAUACUCAGCUUACCUUAAUUUAUAUACGACUGACUCUCAAUUUGUCGCACAUAAACCAAGCAUCCAUAGAUACUGCUAGCUUGAUGGGAGCCCUGAUUUAAAACACACUAUUCAGCUUUACAUGCAGGAGACUCCUGCAGGAAAAUCUAAGUCUAGUCAUUGAGACAUAAACAACACCGGAUAAUUAUACUGUGCAAUUUGAAAAUAACUCAGUUGCAAAAUUGCAUCUCGAGCUAAUUUUAUACAGCUGCUUAUUGUAAAAAAAAAAAAAAAGCAUAAGAGAAAAUGCACUAACUCCACUGGUAUGUGUACCCCUCCUCCACUAUUAGAAACAGUUACCUGAGAGUCCCCGAGCUUCUAUUAGUCAAUUGAGUUAUCUGUUCAAUGUGCAAUAUAUUUCAUGCUAAGAUAUUGAAACACGAGCAUAUGUGGAUUUACCUGUGGGCAGAAGAGGAGGUUGUGCUUCCAUUUGCAGAGGGUCCACAUGAUUACUGCAGUGUAUUUGAAUCAGGGGUGCUGCAGCCUGGAUCUAUUUCUGUCAGCUCCUUGUUGACUGCUGCUACAGAGGCUGUUUGGUGGUGACCUGCUUUCAGUAAGGGUUGUGAACUCUACAGCUGAUCAAGGAGAAAUUAGCUUUUUUUUAUUUUUUAUCCCAUAUAAGUAAUGAAUGAGCUCUUUUAGCGGCAAAUACCUUCAUUUUUUACUCUUAUCGUCACCCUCUGACUAUAAGACAACAGAGCAGACAAGCAGUACAUACACCGGCCAACCUCUAACACAGUAAACUAUUCUUCUUGCUGUGGGUGUUUUUCCUCUCUCACCACCUCCUUACUGUAGUUAAUGUAGGAUUUCCUCUUUCAAGGUAAUCAUUUUUCAGUAUUACAGUUGUUAUUUCACCAAUAGUUUUAUUAUGUAGAAAUCACAUUAUUUUAAUGCUCCUUUGAUCCUCGAAUUAUUCAUUACACAGAUAGAUAUACUCAGAAAAAAAAUGGCAUAAUAUAUCGGAGCAAAAGCUUCUCAUCACCGGCUUGAAUAAAUCACCAGUUCGAGCUCAUCAGUAGCAGCGUGGCCUUGCGCGGCAGCUUCACACAGUUGAAAUAAUAACCUGGAGCAGACAGAAGGCAGUCAUUACCUCGCACACAGACGCGGCGUGUAUGUGUUGACGGAGGACUUCCACUAGUCUGCCGCUGCAGGGAGACGAACAGAGACAAGCCACUCAGUCGCUGCUAAACCUCCGGCUCCCCGUCACCUAAGCUAAUGACAUAAGCUCUUGUUUACCCUCUAUGACAAAGCAAAAAUCCUGCAUCCACCUAAGAUUUGGAAGUUUAAAAAAAAAAAAAAAACUUGUUUAUGGAGGGAGAAAAAAGAGCAUAACAAAAAGUAGAGAGAAACUGGGGAAGAAAAAUACAUGUGGGCCCUAGGGGUGUGUGAGCAGAGCCGUGUGUUCCAGUGGACAGGCAGGCCGGUGAAGAGAUCUGCCGUUUCAUUGUCUUAAGUCUCCACUGAUACAAUCUGGAGAGGGCUCUAUUGCUUAAAGCUGUGAGUGAAUGACAUAUGGGGAGCUGGUGUGAGGCUCAACUCCCCUGUGCCUCCUCCAGACCCAAAGUCUUCCUGUGAGAGAGAGCGCCGAGCAACUUUUCUGCUUUUUCAAAACGGCAGCAGCCUCCCUCUCCCUCCCCUCGUUUACUCCCUCCCUCCCUCUCUCUCGCUCUCUCACUCUCUCUCUUUUUUUCCCUCUUCCUCAGACACUCACUAGUCACUGCCUGAAGCAGUAAUCGGACAACUCUCUUUCUCACUAGGACCGGGUCUCCUGAGAUAGCGCGCGGGGCUCCAUGGGUUCCAACACCUAAAAUGAAAAGAAAAAAGUAGUUUUGUAGUUGACAUUUAUUGUGCUACAGAUUUCACCAUCACCAGAAGAAUUGAUUUAGAAAGUUCGCUGUCUGUGCUGCUGGACCGAUGAUCUUUCUGUAGAUGAUUUUUUUUAAAGAAGAUCUUAGACGGGAUAAACACACAGGGAUUCAACCAUAAUUGUAGUGAGUAUGACUCCAAUUUCUAUAUUAUGUUUGGCGCACGCAUUCACUUACUGUCUUUUCCUAACUUGUUUGGUUUUAGAGUUUUAGUGUGUGUGUGUGUGUGUAAGUGUGUGUGUGGACCCAGUUGAAACAUCUGAUUCAUUUGCAUUAAAUUGAAUUCAGCUUUUAAUUCCCAAGAAAUGGAUUUACAUCAAAAAAGCUAAAUAAUAAAUAAUUUGAUUUCUGCUUAUUUUCAUAAUUUCAUGUCAGAGUGGACGACAGAACCCACAGUUUGUUAAUGAUUGUUAAAAAAUGCAAUACAGUAGGUAAAAUGAAAUAUUAUAAUAAUGAUAAAAUCAAACAAAGAGAAGGGUGGUGAUCGUUACAUUUGAGCUGUAGUAUUAAAAAUGGACUAAAAACUCAGACAAAUAUUGAACUGAAAAUGAAUGUAAAUCUUAUUGAGAAGGAUUUAAAAUGUAAUAUAACACUAUUCAAAUAACACUUAAAGUAUAUCAUAUUUGAUACUUGGCUUAGCCCUCUAUUUUUUCACUCGAUUUUAAAGUCAUAUUUGUCUGCAGUUAUAAAAAAAUUUAUAAAAAUUGUCUCCUAAAAUUCUUGUCAGACGUAAUAAGUUUUGAUUUUCUAACCUUGUGAUUUAAAAUAAUCCCAAAAAAAUAUUUGAAAAACAUUUUUAAAAUGCUUUUAAUCUGCUAGCUGCAAAUGUAUUCACAUCUUCUCUUUGAAACGUGUGAUCCUGCCAUGCUCCUCAGCCCGGUUUACAUUUUUUGAUCAGGCAAGGCAAACACACUGCUCUCUACAGGAGUCUUCUUUUUUUUUCACUGGCAGAACAAACAAAACCAACGCAGUUAAAGCAGUUGACAUCUAAUGCCAUCUGCUCAGGCCAGGAAUGCUGCAGAGAGACCUGAGAGGCUCUCAGCGUCUCACAGAGACAACAGGCCUUGACUCCCGGCCGUGCUGCGUCUCCGCUCGCCAGCGUCCCACGUCUAGCAAAGAUGACUCAGCCGCUGUAAUCAGUCGCCUCUCUAAUUGAAGGAUGUUCUGGUUUAAUGUCGUGUGUUUGAUCACAGGCUUACAUCACAAGUCAGAGAAUUAUUAUACGUGUGUAAAGUACUCUUCAUCUCUUUAAAUUUGCACUUUUUCCUCUUUGCUUUUUCAUCCUCCAAUUCCUAUAAUUUAAAAAGUGCUGCUCUUUUUAGCUGUGUAGUAAGGUGUGUGUUUGUAGAUGAAAGAGAGGAAAUAAAGAGGUUGGAGAGGCAGACUGCUUGCAGAGUGGCCUCCGCUCAGUGUAGACAAACAUGACAGUGUGUGUGACCGCCUGCUGCAGCCAUUCACUCACACAAUAACCUUAUUUAUCCAAUUAACAGAUAAUGAGGUGGCUGAUUUGGGCCUGUUUACCUUGUGUAUUUGCUUUGCGCAGACAGAGAUCAGGGUCUCUCCGUGCAUGUGUAGCUGCAGUGUGUGUGAGCAGGAGUGUGGUCGGUGGUGACGGUGGCAUUGUUUGCCUAAAGGCCUGAUGUCUUCUGUGUAGAUGUGUCUAGCCGGGGCCGAGCCCUCGUCCUCUUCUCUCAGAGAGGAGAUUGAAAACGGUGAAAGACACAGAGGGCUAAUUGAAGGAGAGGAAGAGAGAGAGAGAGAGAACAUGCAGAAGAAAUAGGGAGGAAAUAGGGGACCUCUUAUUAAGUAGCUGAUUAGCAGGCAGGGGUUGUUUACUAAAUACUAUGGGCUCUUAUUUUGUUAACACACCACUGUUUGGACCUUGAAGACAGAGCUGAAAGAGCAGGAAAUGAGCUUUUAAGUUUUCUGUUGAUUCUUAUCACAUGUCCUCAAUCACAAACACCCACUUUUGUUUUUUGUUGAAAAUGACAAUAUCAUUCGUGGUGCAAGAUAAUCAGGACCACAGAUUUGAUCAAAAUGGGUUGUCUGGCAAAAGUACCCAUUAUUCAAAUAGUCACAUAAAGAUAUUUUCUUCUGCUUCUAAAUCAUAAAAAAGAGCUGCUCUGUUUCUUCCUUUAUUCUUGACAUUUGCUCCCCUGUGCAGGUAAUAAUUUUAUAAAUGCAGUAGAUCACUUUCUUUAAUUUGUCCAAAUUAAAAUAACAUACCCUGAGCAUUUAAGUGAUAAAAUCGUCAAGGUUUGUCUCUGGCCUUUCUUUUAUCUUUGUGUAUAAAACCCCUCUCGGUCUGCGGUGGUCACGGUGGUAGGCAGCUUGUGAUAAAAUGUGCACCUUAAAUCUUACUUGAUGGCCCCUCAAAGGCGAGCCGGCCUUCUGGAAAUAAUUUUGAGGGUUGAAGAGCACAGUAUUAACAGAUUUAAUGUAGCUAUUGAGAGAAUUGCUGGAGCACCAUGUCAGAUUGAACCAAAUGAGAGAGACAAAUUGCACAUCAGCAAACACCACAUCUGUUAAUAAUCGGGCUUUUAAUUACAACACAAUUACAUAUACAUUGUUUGUAGUUUAUGUGUAAAGCCCUGUGUGCUUUGACAAUUUGUCGCCACAAGUCUCCUUUUACAGACUUAUACAGUCCUGAUUGAAUGAAAAAUUGUAGGAUGUAAAAAAUAAAGCCUGAUAUUUUUAUGUUAUUUUUACAGGGGAAAAAAAUUGGUAACACGUGUAUUUUAUUAAGCUAUAUACUGCCUUGCCUUCAUGUUUAAACAAACAUCAUUUUAGAGUCAAAGAGCAGCGGUUUCUUUUUUGCCUUCAUUUUUUAAAAAGUCACCCUUCAAAAUGUUAAAUGUCCAUCUUUAUAUUUUUUUAUUACUACAUCUAUAAAACAUCAGUUUUGGAUGAAAUAGCACAAAGCUGUUCAAAGUUGCAUUCGUUGGCAGGUUUUGUUUUUUCAGCCACGUAUCAGAACAUAAGUGAAGUGUAGCAUUUUGUAAACUGUGGCUAAAUCCACUCACAUCUGUGUCCAAUUGUUGUCUGCAUCUACAUUCUUUGAGAGUGGAUUUAUUUUUCCUGGGCCACCAUGUGGAUUCAGCUGACCAGCUUAAGUGAGGAUUAGUUGUUUUAAAGUUAGAUUUUGAUUAAAGCAUUGUUUUCCAAAAGUUGUAACUCACAACACAUGGCUUAGAUAGACUGUAAAAUUCAAAGGACAAGGGACUGUGAUCCCAUAAAAUUAUUACCUAUGAAGGAUGAAACAGGGAGGGAGUGCUGAGCAAAAAACAAACAAAGCAUAUUCAGUCGUAUUUUUUUCAACUUUUUUUUGAGUAGACGUAAAUUCAGACGUGUUUUUAAAAAGCAAGCAUGCAGCUGAAUCCUGAAGAAAUAUGUAUUUAGAGGUGAGGAUUAGAUUUGUGCUGGGUCAGACAGCCUGCAUGCUGGGAUGAUCUAUGCUAAAAGCUCGGCUGUGGCUUUGUUGACUUUUGGUAACGCAGGUCUUGGAAGAAGUAAAGCGAAACAAGGAGCCAGCAAACAACCGUGAGAGAAACGUGUUGUGGCACUUCUUCUGAUGACACUCGCAGCGCCUCAUCUCUCCUUGCUUUGUUCCUGUUAGCUUCAAAGACCUGUUCAGGUUGAACUAAGAUGCACAUCAAAGUUUCUGAGUGCAGCCCUUCUCUCCUUUAAACAAUAAAUAUUUAGCAGCGCAGCAGCAGAAGAAGAAAGGCUUGUUUUUGCUUUUAAAUCCCUGCCCCCCUCUUCUUCUUUUUUUCCCCCUCUUCACCUGGCUGGCUUCACCUGCUGGCUAUGGCUCACACAUCAGCAUGCUAAUGGCUGCAUUGGCCUGCACUGCUGCACAGAGAAACCAACCACCACACACACACACGUUAUACCACAUCAGUCCACCACAACACACACUCUCUACAGCCCUGUGAUCGCUGUUAAUGUGCUGUGGCAGAGUGUGUUUCUCUUUCGUCUUUAUGGCUUUUACCUCUGUAGACUUUCUUUUCCAUUGAUAUUUUUUGUCUUCCUUUUUUGACAUCGCCUACAUAUUUCUGUGUUGGGAAAUACCAGGAGGAGGCACUGCUGUUGUCGGCAGCCUAGAGUGAGUGAGCGAGCAUGGAACAGAGUUCGAUUUCUCGUUUAUUAAGCUGUAUCAGAACCAGUUUGAAAAUAGGCGAAACGCUAAGCUUGACUGGUAUUCAUGACGGCUUUCUCUUGGUGUGAAGAGCAAAGCCUGUUGAAAAAAAAAGGAGAAAAAAAAAAAAAAACCUUAAGACCAUGCAGCUCAGGUUACCCUGGCUCAUGUAAACAGUCAGCCAUUAAAAAUCAUGCCAGGACUUUUGACAAAAAAAAAAAAAAAAGACUUUUUUUUUCUUUCUUUCCUCUGACCAGUUGAAUACCUUUGACCUUCUCUGGACCCUGUAUCCCCAUGGUGGGCUGGAGGCAGCUCUAAUAUAGUGUUAUAGCCGUGCAUGUAUAUGGCUCUGCUUGAUGUUUGCAGAGGGACAAGCAGAGCAGGAGUGGACAGCGAGAUGUAACUGUCAGCUAACGGAGAGUAAUAGAGGCAUUCGCAGCGUCAUAGGAAACAUAUGUGGCUCCAUAUGCUCUGCGUGUUCUUGUUUCCAGUCUCGUUCAUUGUCUGAGAUGCACCACUGAUCUGGGGGCCUCUAAAGUGCCCCGCGUGCAUGUGUAAGUGUGUGUGCGCAUUUGCACCACCGAUCUUGGGGCCUCUGAAGAGCCCUGUGCUUAAGUGUGUGAGCACAGACAUACAGACAUGAGUUAUGUGUUUAAGAAAAGAGAAUAAAAAAAGAGGACAGAAGCCACAGAGAAAGAUUUAUCAGAUGUCUACGCAAGUGUGUAUAUUGUUCUCUCUCUCUCUUUGCCUUUGUGUCCACUGUGGAGUGAAGAGUUUGUGUGUUUCUGUGCCAUGGCCCCAGGCUGGGGCAGGCCUGCGGGAAGCAGCCCUGACAGUCAUUAGGAGCUGUCAGUAUGCCGGGAGGGGGGAGUGCUGAUAAAUUUCAGAUAGUGUCAAUUGCAGAUGAAAGAUCUGCUGAAGAUGCUGGGGGUGUCACGCUUGACUUGCCUCUGCUCAACAAGUCCAAUCUACCCUUCCAGCAGCAGGCUACCUCAAGCAGCAAAGCGGGUAGACACCCCCCUUAACCCCCCCACCCCCCUCACCCCUCUGCCUACCUUCACCCCCAAACCCCCCUCCCCAACCACCCACCCCUUCCUGCUUACCUUGGCUAAGCCUCUUUGCAUGUUGAUUGGGGGAGGGCUAAUCCAGUUUGCAGCUGUCGUAGACCAAUGAUGAAUCACCUUUCCGUCAUUUGGCUGUGCUCCCCUCGCUCGGGGAGGAGGAGGAGGAGGAGGAGGGAGGACCUGGAGGAGGAAACAACAGUGGAGUAGUGGCCGCGGCUCAGAGAGAGGAGACAAUGUGCGCCUCUGUUCCCCUUGCUAGCCCUCUCUUCCCAUUCUGCUCCAGAAUAACAAUAAUGUUUUCUCAGACAAGCCUUUUUGUGUCAUGGAUGGCUCUGGACUGUGACAUCGAGCUGCAGUAACAAGGAGUGACAUUGUUUCUGCUGGGGCAGGUGGAGGCAGAGUACAGGGAGGUGGAGGGUGGUUUGUGAGGACUCUAAGCCCGUCUAGCUGCAGGUAAGAGCAGUGUUGAGCCGGUGCCAGCAGCAUCAGAGACUUGUAACGCUCUGCAGGGCAUCAGAGAUUUCACUCAGACACUCUGCUAAAGAACUGUCGAGUUUUUUUGAAGCUGUAUUGUCAGUGUGUUUAGCUGUGAACUAAUGAGGGAAAAAUCAGGAAAAAUUGGGCGAAAACAGAAUUAAAUAGUGAGUGUGAAAAGUAGUAGAAGAACUAGCUUACUCUGCAGGAUCCUCAACAUGCUUUUAUUUGUAAGUCUGUGCCGCUGUAUGCUUGGAGGGUGUGAUAUUUUUAGUGUAGAGUAAAUUAAUAUACUUCUGGGAAAAGAGUAAUGCAGCUUCCAUUAUUGGGGUAUGUGUGACUAAGGCUGACUUUGCUUUUUGUCUCAUUGUUUUUGAUUUUACUGCUUUUUUUUUGUUUUUGUUUUUCUUGUUGUCACUUUGCUUUAUAAUCUUUUGCUGCAGAAUAUAUUUUCAAUCUGUUAAUAAUUAAAUUGUAUUUAUACCACAAGAAAGAACUAUAUUUGCCGAGCUAUACUGCAAAGUAUCAUAAUAUCAUAACAGUGAAAUAGCAUCUUAAAUAGAGUAAAUGCAUAUCAUAAUUUAAUCUUUUUAUCUGAUAAUUCUGGUUUCUUGCUGCCAUCUGAUAGCACUUAGACUGCUCAGAGUUUCUUAAGCAUUUCUCUUUGUGGCCUUGUGUAAAAAGCUGAUGUGUAUCAAUAGCAGAGAUACCCAGAACUCUGGAAUAUAAUUGGAAAUGGCAGCAUAAUGUACAAAACAUUUUGUCCUAAUUUCAUUAACGUACCAUUGCAAAGUGGCAGAGACAAAUGGGGUCUGGAGUUUGUGGCUGUACUUUUCAAAUCACUCGUGCCUCCUCUCCUUCAGUCCCUGCUGUCUUUACUCGAUCAGAUCCUCCGAGCACACAAACAAGAAGACAGAAUAAUGUUUUUAGUGCCGUGGUCUUUGUAUAAACACCGAAACAAUUAAGUAGCUUGCCAGAGAAAACACAUGCCUCAUGAGCUUCUCAUCUGCCCAUCAUUGAGGCAUGGGGCUCAUACAAUCAGGCAGCACUUUUAACAGGCACAUUAAGCAUCGCCCCAAACCAGCAAACAUCUGUUAACAGUCUUGGAUACCACACAGAAGGAUACACACACACGCAGUACAUAUGUUCAGAGUAAAUCAACAGCAAAAACGGUGUAAUUUCUGUAAAGAGAGAAAUCAGAAAUAGUCACGUCUAAAUGUUUAUAUUUCCAGUUUUAGCCUGAAGUUCUGCUGUUAUUGUGCGUGUGUGUGCGAGUUUGAAUUUUGCACCAUAUAUUCUCCCCGGUUUGGUGUUAAUUUUCAUACAAAAAUAUUAUCCUUUUAUUUUGAAAUAUCCAAAGCAAGGCCAUAAAAAAUUGUGAAUCAUAGUUUUAAAUGUAAAUAGCAUUGUGUACCAUAUCAGUAUUUAUUUUACAAAGAAAAUUGCUAAUAAUGUUUUUAUCACUUCUUGUAAUUAUCACACAUUGUUUAUAUGAAUCUGGAUUACAGUUUUGUACAUACUGUGUCCGCUGCAUUGUGAAUCAGAGCUGCGUGUCUUCCGUGAAACCAGAGUGAGAUGUGUAAUUUGAUUUGGUGUGUGCAUGUGUGUGUGUGUGUGUGUGUGUGUGUGCGUGUGUUUCUCGUCAGGUCUAUGGAAAUGCAGGAUCUAGCCAGUCCUCACAGCCGAGUAAGUGGAAGCAGUGAAUCUCCUAAUGGUCCCAACCUCGACAACUCGCACAUCAAUAACAAUUCCAUGACACCCAAUGGCACUGAAGGUAUGUGUGUGUAAGGCUUGUUUGCUUCAUUAUCUCUCUGUCACACUUUCUUUUGUGCAUUGUUUAUUAGGGGUCUACAAGUAGUGAUCAAAAUGUACUGUAGUAUUAUAUAUUUUGUGGAAUUUAAAUUCGUACUCUUUGUUUUAUGUUGAAUUGUCAGGACCUUUUUUGCAGCAGCAAAGUAUUAAACAUCUGGAAAAUGCAUGUCUCUAUAGCUGGUUUGCAUUGUAGAUUUUUUUCAACCAUACAAACGGACCUAGCAUUUCAUAGCUCGCACAAUUGUAGUUGCAGUUGUUGUUUUCCACUGUCUUUUAGCUGUUUAUUCAAGUAACCAUGUAAUUAUUCAAAGCCCAUAGCAUGGAAAUGAUAGAGUUUGCAUAAGUUCUCUACUGUGCGUAGUUAUUUACUCAGGUGAUGCGCCUGUGCUUAAAUCUGAACCUUUGUUUAGUGAAGCACUCGUGCUCAUGUCACAAGCCAAGCUAUUGAGGCCAUUCCCUGUGUCAUGUAAUCUUCAGGUUCAUCUAUGUGGUAAAGUCAGGGUUUUGUUUUUUUACAUGUGUGUGUGUGUGUGUGUGUUCAUGAGACAGAAGCCGACAUGGUGCAGACUGUCAUGUGUCCCUCUGCUGCUCUUUCUCUCCUGUAGGUGAUAGCAUCACAAUGCUUACCACUGCAGACUGGUUGUUAGGUUCUAACUCACAGUCCGCUGCAGGUUUGUCAACUUUUAGACACAAUGAAAGGACAAUAUUUGUUGUUUUUCCCACUUAACCAAGAGAGCAGGACUGAAAGUCUCUGUUUUUAACUUAUUCCAAUUAGUAAUUUUCAACCAAAGCCCAAAACAAGAUUAUUUAUCAUGUGCAAUAUCCUGAAGUUGCCUCAACUAUUGUGCCUUUCAUUCAAAACUUAUUUGCUGUAGUUUUGUGGUAUUCUGUCUAGAGCAUGGUUUUACACACUCUGGAUUUGAGUCUAUUGUUGUUGAAUGGUCAGACUGUGAACUUGCAUACUGUGAAUUUAUUUUUUUAAUAUCAUUUGAGUGUUUCAUGCUGUUUCUUGAACACAGUGGUUAUUUUGUGCUCUGUGGCCUGAGUGUGUGCUCAUUUAUGCAUGCACCUACCGCUUUUUUUUUCAUCUUUUUUUUGUUUAAAAGAAUUGCCCUAUUGUCGACAUAUGUUUCUGCACUGAAUGAGCAUAGCUGAAACAUGUAAAACAUGACAGCAAACAGCUUCUUCAGCCAUAAGGGAUUCCACUGAGCAUAGCUCUCUUGCCCACAUUGUCAAUUUGUUUUGCCAAAAAGAGAAAAAAAAAAAUCCUCCAGCUCGCCUGAAGAGAAAUGGAUUGAUUUCAAAGAUUCCUGAGCUGUCAGAAAGCUGUGAAAUUGUCUUUAUAGAUGUAUCACUGAGCUGUAUGAUGGAGCCAAGGUCAAACAGCGUUCGCUACACUCUUAAAAAGAUUUUAUACACCAUACGUUUCCUUGACGUUUCAAUUGUACUUUCACCUCCCUGCGGAGCUCUUUUUAUAUGCGAAUCAUGCUACAUUUAAGCGCCGAAAAGACGAUAAUUUAUCAUGACAGGUAAAUACUUUUUUGAGAGCAGAAUAUAUUAAUAAAAAAAUUAAAAUAAAAGCAAAUAAUAAAAACCUUAUAUUUAAAGCUUAAGAAAAAGCUUCAGCACAUUUCUAGAUAUGUUUUUUCAGGUUGAAUAAUAAAGACAGUGAUGAAAAUAAAACAGCUUAGAAAUCCUCUCGAAAAGAAAGAAAUAAUAAAGAUAUAUCAUAUAUCACUUUAUAUAAAUAAUCACUUUGAAUUUGGUGUAGAUGUAAUGCAUAUCAAUGAUGAAUUUGGACAUUCUGGCUCUUUAAAUGGUGUGUUAAGUGCCUGAAUGUUUCUUGACUUCUCCCUCUAUCCUGUUUUGGUUUUAACUGAGUCCGUUUUUGAUGUUUCGUCAAAACACGAUUAGGUAAAUGUAAGAGAAAUCUAAAAGCCUGAGGCAGUAAGAUUUUAAUCUUAUUUAUUUUUCUUUUUUUUUUCCAGACUUGAUUUGGUGCUAUUGGUGACAAUGUGGCUUCUCUGUUUGCAGUUAAAACCGAGCCAAUGAGCAGCAGCGAAAUUGCCACCUCAGUAGCAGACACCUCUCUAGACAGCUUCUCAGGAUCAGGUGAGGUUUGAGAUGGGAGCACUGAUGUGUUUGUGUUUGUGUGUGUGUGCCUGUGUUUGUGUCAUCCACUGAUGUGUCUGGCUGCCUCUCGCACACACACACACACACACACACUCACUCACAGCUGCAGAACUGAUUAGUGAGAGAUGAGCCUACAGAUGGGCGACUGAUAAGCCGAGGCCCCAGGAAGAGUGCCUGCAGCUAAAACACAGAUAUAAUGCGCGUGUGCGCCCGUGUUUUUGUGUGUAAAAGUACAUGCAACUCUUACCUUACCUCUGUCAGCAUAUUUAUAUGCUGUGCUUGCUUGCACAUCUACUCUAUGUGUGUGUGUGUGUGUGUUUUAUCUUGCUGGUUCCCAUGCCACUGAGGACUGAAUUAUGACCUGUAAUGCACCGAGCCUGUCUGUCCAGUGGAGUGACAUGGCGUCCCAGUGGCCCUCACUCUCCAUGGGCUGUUACCCUAUCGCCCUGUCAGAGCCAGGAUUUUCACACCCUGCUCUCAGCACGAGAACAUCACACACACACACACACAUACACACACACUCAUGCGCACACACAGGGGCAUUGCUAAAUAAAACCAGGAGCUCAGAGUAUAAUGAGCAUUGUAGGAAUUGUUAGAGAAAGAAUCUCUAAUGUGAUAAUUUUUUAACUUAUUGCUUUUUCCAGCCUAACUGGUAUCCAUAUCUGUCUGCAGUACUCUUUUAUAUUUUCUGUAAUCAUGUAUUUAAAGUACCACGUCCAACUGUGCGUGGUAUUACCAGGCUGCUAAUUUCCCUGUGUUUCCUUAACUGUUGAACUAACUAUUUGAUACUCUACGCUAGAAGCGAAUAAAUCACAGCCAUGACUUUUGUCUCUGACAAUAUUAAUGAAAUUUAGUAAUCUUAUACCCCAUAUCCUCCUCGGGGAAACCCAAAGCUCCGUUCAGAAGAGCAGGUUUUGUCCAGCGGCAGGUGCUGCUGAUGUGGGAAAAGUCCUCAAUAUUGAUAACGUGUGUGAGGGGUUACAGCGUACAGUUACAUGCAGUCAGUGCUCCCCCGCAACCAAAUCUCUUACUUUGCAUGUCAGGACCAAUUAGACAGAUGUUUCAAGACUGCACCACUCAGCAGCAGUUAAAGGAAAGUAAUGUAAUUUUGACAUUAACGCCACAAUUGUUCCAAUUUUUCCAAAAUCCUUUAAAAUAGAUUGGUUAAUUUAUGGGCACUAUUUUUUAUUUAAUUCUGAAUCAUAUUUUCAAAAAUUUUGCAAUAAAUUAUUCUUGUCAUUUCUUCAAUUAUUUAUUUAAUUUUAUUUAACCAGGAAAACUUAAUUGAGAUCAAUAAUCUCAUUUAAAAGUGUGCCUUAGACAUUAUACUAAAAAACGAAUACAAAGCAGUCUGGAAUUAUUUAAAAAGGGCUCUAAAGUUGCUCACUGGCCUGCGGAUAAAAGUUUACUUUUUUCUAAUUUGGACCACAUUUUGGUAUUGAAACCUGCAUGUAACACAUAAAGCAGCUCUAGUUCAAGUUUAAAAAAAAAGCUAAAUAAGAGUUUAUUUAAAGUAUACUUAAAAAAAUACAGCUGCUACUUCAGAUUGAAAUCAGGUGUGCUUCUCUGUGCUAUUUGUGGCUGAACUUUCACAAGUGAACAGCGCCGUGGAACCACAAAGUCCUACUCUUAAUGAAGGAAUGAUUAUGCAGUAGCACUCAUUACCUGCAAUCAGUGAUGUCACUUCCAAUGUGGUUGUGGCUUUAAAGGCCCGAGGCAGCUGAAGCUACAGGCCAGCGCUGAUUCAGACCAUCCUGUGUGCGAGUGUGUGUGUGUGUGUGUGUGUUUACACCAGCAGUCGUCAUAGCAGCACAGACAUAUCUCAGAGAUACGUGGGUCAGCAGAAAAACCUGAUGUUCUUACCUGAUUAUUUUACUUCAUUAUUGCUCUCCAGUUUUCAACCUUAAAUAGGGUUAGCGAAAUAAAUAGAGUAAUGCAAUGUAAUUACUGUUGCCCCGGAAUCCAGAAGUUCUAUUGGCAAAUGAUAAUAUUUACCUUCUUUCUUAAUGUUUAAAUAUGUGCUUGCCUCUUUUCUUUUUAACUCUCCUCAGCUAUUGGAACCAGUGGCUUCAGCCCAAGACAAACUCACCAGUUCUCUCCGCAGAUUUACCCUUCCAAGUAAGGCUUCUUUUAUUUUUCUUUUAAAAAUAAGCAGCAUCCAACUUCAUUUGGAUCUUUAAUUAGAUCCUUCUGCUGGAUCGGGGGUUUUCGGCCGGCUCUGUUUGUUAGGAUGUCUGCAGCUUGCGCACUCUUAAAUCUGUUGUAAUUAUUAUCUUGUGAAAAUUUCCUUUGCCAUUUAUUGUUCUUUCUCGAUGUGUAUGAGCCGUACGAUGCUAUCUGCCUCACAGCUUGGCUCUGAGUUAAAAAUGAGGUAGCACAAUCACGAGGAAUUUGUCAGUUAGCAGAGUUUGUGUUAUGGUUUUAGGCGCACAACAUGGUCCACUUUCUUCCUCGCCUUCCUCUCUCACUCUUUGUCUUUUGUUUCUUUUCUCAAAUAGCAGAACAUAUCCACAUAUUCUUCCUACCCCUUCAUCCCAAAAUAUGGCUGCGUACGGGCAGACGCAGUACACCACAGGAAUGCAGCAGGCCGCAGCUUAUGCUAGCUACCCCCAGCCUGGUCAGCCCUAUGGCAUCCCGGCCUAUGGUAAGUUUCCUCUAAGACACAUCAAAACCUCCUCUUCCCUCAGUAACAUAUGCAUGUAAUCUAUGAAUGGCUUUCACAUUGUAUGCAUGCAAAAGGAUAGAAAAUUAAAAAUACUGUGUUUUUAUUUUCGAAUGGGAGUAAACUUUGCUUUUCUCUUCCUUCUUCCUGUAAAUCACGGCCAACAGAGACGUUGAGUUGUCGUUCGGAGCUCGCAUAUUCUCCUGCAUUGUAAUAAAACCGAAUUUGCUUGUCAGGCUGUUCAGAAAGAUCCGAAAGAUCUGUGAUAAAAAUCUGAAAACAAAACCUGCUCUCCUCUGGCAGCGCGAGAGAAAGCUCUGAGUACAUGGCUCACAGAAGGCUUUAUUUGUCCAAAGUCUUUAGAGUGUUUUGACCCCAAAAGACUCUCCAAUAUGUGAAGGAAUUUACUCUGUUUAUUUGAAUGGGAGUGCUGCAACCUACCGCUGCAUAGAAGCUGCAUCGUGAAUGAUUUAGUGUAAGCAAUGGCAACUUUAACUCACAAACACAAGCAGAAAGUUUCAUUACUUGUGCAUCUUUUCCAAAAUGACCUAUCUUGGCCUAUGCUAACAAUAAUAAAAUUAACAUCAAACAGUUGUGCUUCUAACAAGCGUUUUGGAUUUACAGUCGAGUGAAAACACGUCCGCAGUGAGAUAAAAUUACUAAACUGAUGAUAGCAAAAAUCUCUGAUCAGAUAAUCUGCACUCGUGCAUCGUGAUUAGCGUGUUAUACUAACAGACAGACGCAGUGUGCAGUGUAAUUAAAAACCUGUGUUGACUGUUGUCUGUGCAUCAAACCGAUCUGGUGUCACUAACUGAUUUAGGUCCAUUGUGGGCAGGCAUAAAGACGGAGGGGGGUCUAAGUCAGUCCCAAUCCCCGGGACAGACGGGCUUCCUCAGCUACAGCUCCGGCUUCACCACGCCGCAGACGGGACAGGCCCCCUACAGUUACCAGAUGCAAGGUGAGGAAAUCUUUAUGAAGCGUUUUCUCUCUGCAUCCACGCAAAUAAGCUUGGAGGGGGUUGAAGUGCGGAGUGGGAUGCCAUCACUCUCGGUUUAGGAUGGAUGCAUGUCCAAUUUUACAGCUAUAAAAACAGAACAGCUGAAAUGGUUGACAUUGUGUGAGGUUCACAAAACCACCGGGCAGACUUUGAUUCACCAGCGGUCUAAAAUUAUGAUGGAGAAAUGUUGCUUUUUUGUUUUUUUUUUCCUCUCUUUGUAUCUAUUUCUGCUCUUCAAACCUCAAGCGCUCAUCUUUUUUGUCUUUUUGAAAAGUCUUUUUCUUUUCUCUGUUUUCUGAUAACUCUGUCAGUUUUCCUCGGUCUUUGUCAUGCGCUCCCUCUCCUCAGCCUAUCCAAAUAAGGUUUUCUAAGCUCUUAAAAAACAAUUACAGAAAAGGGUAUCUGUCCCUGAUUUAAUAGCACAAAAACCCAGACUGAUUCACAACACGGGCCUCUCCCUCACCCCAAAAGAUCAGUGUAUCUGAGCGGCUGUUAUGUGCAGCCAUGAUGGCUGCCUCCCUCUCUUCUCCUCUCCUCUUAAAAGAAUCAACACAGAUGGAAAAAUGGCAGGCACUUAGGAGGCACUAGCCAUGUUGCUUCCCACUCCCCAGCCUUUGUUUUUUCUCUCCCUGUGAUCAUAUUUGUAUUUGUUUAAGAGCUGAGUCUAGAGAGAUUUAUGUCCUUGGAAACAAUAAAGAUGAGUUGUUGCACCCUGCACUCCUCCUUUUUUUCUCCUCCUUUUCUCCUCCUCUUUCUUCUCAGUCGAGCCUUGUGCCUUGUAAUGUUUCUAUUACUCUCUAUUUGUAUCUGUUUGUAAAGCCUCUGUUCCACCUGCACUUGAGAGGAGAAGUAUUUGCCAGCAGCUACCCGAAUCUUUGUGUUCCCUCCUGCAGUAUCUAAUGUGUGACAGUGGAAACGUCUCCACAUGUUACUGAAAAGCCUCCGGAGCAUCUCACAAUAAAUAACGCCAGCUCAGCAGCAGAUGUGGCGUGGGGAAGCCUCUUUUCCACGCCUCUUAGGCAAAUAGAGUCAGCCGCAGCGAGAGUUUUGCAGCGUGCAGAUGAUGCGCUUGAAAAGAGAGAGCUAUUGAGAGAGACGCAGACAGAGAGAGAGAGCGAGAAAGGGGAACAAGAGAGGGAGCAUGUGUGGCAGAAUGCAGAAGCUGCUAUCCUGCUCUUAGUGGUUUAACUCACGAUGACAGUAUUAUGUGCCCAUUCAUCUUCCAAGUAUUAUGCUCUUACUCUGUCUCUUUCUAGCCCUCAGUCUCUCUCUCUGUCUCUCCUGCUAUCUCUGUUUAUCCAGUGCCGCACAUAGCUUUGAGUGCGUUAGUAAUUGACAGCCACAUCAGAUGACAGAUUGACCACUAUUCUGGCCCCGAGUUUUUCUAACUGUGGCUCUGGCCCUCUGCCACACCAUCAUCAUUACUCUCUCCGGCCUAUUGAUCUGCCUGUGAGGUGCCUCAGGCCUGGGUGUCCCUUCCAAAGACCCCUGUUUUUUCCCCUCACAUCUGAUACUCCCCUCUCUGUCCAUGUCCCUGCCACCAGCCUGUGGCCAGCUGUCAAGGCAGAGGACGAUUAGAUUAAUGUUUUUGUUCCUUGCUUUCAUGCUUGAUGCCAUGGAGCUUAAAUCAUAAAGGCAUAUUUGUGUGCAGUCCUUUGUGUCAGUUUGAAGAAUUAAAAAUCCGAGGUGUGUGGAGAUGAGAUGGUUCUUAUAGUUGGACUGAGCAGAUGCUUGUUAGGUUGAAUAAUUGGAUUCCAGCAUUCUGUCUCAGUGCAAGCUGAAGACGCCGGAGCCGUGGUCAUCUUUUUUAAAAGCAGAGCCCAUCUGGACUUGAUAGCCUAUUCCCAAGUGGGGCAUACAAACUUCUGCUACAAAUAUUGUGCACUGAUGAUAGACAUAGCCCAUGGCAAGGGGACUGAUCAGGCAAAGCAAAUGGACUUCCAAUUGUGGAGCCAGAAGGCAUGAGGGGAAGGAGGAGGAGAGGAGGGGAGGAAUGAUGUCUGCUCCUGAGUGAGUGAACUAACUGGAGCAAGGACAGGGGGAGGGAGAGAAAACAUGCCCCCUGGGGAACCACAAGACCCCUUCUUCCCCCCCAGAAUAUAACCAACACCACCACUCCCAACAGCAUGGGCUCAUUCUCACCGAAGAAGCAGGGGUCCCCUUCGUCUUUUAUGUGGUUCCUUGUUCUCCACGCAGCAACCCUCAAACUCUGCCAGUGGGAGCUUUUACGACUUUUUGAACCGUGCAUUAGGCUAAUUUGUUGUCCUUCGCAGCUUCACUCCUCCUGGUCUCCGUCUUCAUUGUUCUGCAAGACUUUCACUUGAUGUUGAACUUUCUGUGGAGAACAAAAAAAGUUUUAAAAUUCCCCUUUCAGGCCUUGAAAUAUCAAAUGAAUCAACGGAGAGAGAAAGAGAACAGUUCUGAUUAGAAAAUAACCAGUGGGGGCAUAGAUGGGGAACAAGGUAAAAAUCUGCAGUGUGUUUCAUCGCUGGAAGCAGAAAGCGAGAAACUGCACAAAUAAUUAGUGAGGCGAGUAAUCUUGAGAGCUUGGAGGUGUUUGUUUCUCUUAUUUUAGACACAGUGCUGGGUACUUAGCUAACUGACAAGACUAAACACUGCACAACUUCAUUCCUUUUUUUUUUCUGUGUUUUUUCCCGAUACGGUACCCUUCAUGCUCCCCCUCCCCAGACUCCCCUGAUCCUUCCCCCUGUUCUGAAAGCUGCUUCAUGUUUGUCACGGUGUGGGAGGGCCCUCCUGAUGGGGCCAAUGACCACAGGAUGAAAGGAGCUCCCUCUGUUUGUCUAUAGGAACAAAGGUGUAAUUACGCCCCCAUUUAGGAACAGUAAAUUUAUCUCCCCCUUCGUUUUCACUGAAAAUCAGGGAUGAUUUGGGGCUUUUUGGAGAAACAUCGAGGUGAUUAGUGAUAGCUCUUUUAAAACAUGCAGAUGUAGUUUGUGUAACUUUAUAAACGCAUCAAUAAAUGAUUUGUCAUUUUAUCAACAAAAAUAAGUGGUGGAAAGAGGUUGUGUUGUGUUCGCAAACCUUUAAACUCUUCAAAUUGAUUAUUUUUGGAUUAUUAGUUUUCAGAAUCAACAGGCAGAAAUAUCAUAUCCUGAUACAGUUGGAUGAGGUGCACGGUUAUAUACUUAAUAUCUGACAUUCAUAAAAACCCCAUACACCAAGCUGCAGAAAAUCACUAUUGAAAAGUCGGUCACAUUUUUACGUAGAUAUGUAAUUAAAUUAUUUAAGUGCUGUAUUUAUGCCUCACUUUAUUUACAUUACAAUUAGAUAGUCAACCUGUCAUUUAUGACAAAGGUAAAUAAGCUUUAUUUAUUUAGGUUAAGUGAAAUUUUGGAAAUAUUUUUUAUUUAGACACAAGAUGUCUGCAGGUGUUAGAAUUACAAUUUUUAAGGCAAGCAGCUAUUAUUUAAAGAGUGGAAUUAGAGUGUUUUUGUAAAAUAUGUGCUUGUCUCUCAGUGCUCAUAAAAACCACGAAUGCCUGCUAAUAUUAGGACCUUUUUUGCCUUACUUCUUACUAUAGGUGGGAAUCACUAGUGGCCCCACAAUACGAUAUUAUUGUGAUUUUUAACAUUCUGCAAUAUAGUGAGUAUUGCGAUACAAUAUACUGUGAAAUACAUUUUUUUCAACUGUUUAGCUAAUUUAGCAUUUGUCUUUCCUUUAUGUUUGUCUUAUUUACGCUGUAUUUUAUUUUCAUGUAGCACAUCUUGCUAACCUUAUUUGUUGCACUAACUUUCUCCUGCUCUAUGAUGUCACCUCUGCCAACCUCACUGGACAAACAGUUGGUUUUAUUUUCCAUUAUCAUAGACUUGACUUCAAAUUAACAAUCAAUUUGAAAAAAAUCGAUACUUGGUCACUAAGACGAUAUGAUAUAUCGCUAGACAAAAUAUUGCAAUACUAUGCUGUAUCGAUUUUUCCUCCCACCCCUACUUCUUACUUAAAUCUCUGUGCUGCUCCUCCUGUCUGACAUGACAGUGCAGGUGGAUUGUAACUAAAGAGAGAGAGAGACAGAGAGAAAUGUCGCCCUCAGGGGCUGCCACCGCUGCCGCUCAUGUCAUGUGUAUUAUUAAGCCAUUAGAUGCCAUCAACCCCUUUGAAUGAUUUAAUUACCCUGGAGGACCAUCCUUUGAGCAAGUGAAAAGAGACACAUACAUAUUCAUUAUGGCUGGAUGUCAGCAGCAAACCCUCCCCACUCAUUGUUCCUCACAUGGACCUCAACCCUUCUUCCUCAUACAUCUCUGUCUCACGACACCACUCACACCCCCGUUUUCUUCUCCUACGCCCCCAAGUAGCUUACACACAACAGCCUCUUGUCUUACUUACAUUGUGCGGGCUUGGAUGACUUCUGGGGGCAGGUUCCGUCCACCCCUCGCCCUCCCCUACCUCCCUUUUGUCAUUCAUCAGACCUGAUCCAAUCACUGAUAAGGAAGGAAGAGGGGAAGAUAAGGCCCCUGUUGGAGCUCUCCCUCAGGCCUCCCUCCAUACAACAACACAGAGUUGAUUCAUAAGAGGCCAACUUUUUUUUUUUUUAUCCACUAACAAUGUCUAAAAAAACAAUAGAUUUCUUGAUGUUAUAUGCUUAUCAUAAAGUUCAAAAAUGUCUGUUAUUCCUCUCUAAGGUGGCACUUUCACGACAACAUCAGGACUGUACGCAGGAAACAACUCCCUCACAAACUCAACCGGCUUCAACAGCACACAACAGGUAUGCGUACACAUCCUUCCGCUCUCUCUAUUUCUGCUCUCCUCUAUCAGUAUGAAGCUAUCAGUUUAUGUAAGUUUGAAUUGCAGGCUUCUUUCCAACCUGGAAAUCUUUAUGAAACAUGCAUACCCAAUAUGUUACAUUUCAUCCGUGACAUAUUUGAACAUAAAUCACUCAGGAUGUCAAAAGCUUUGUACGCAGGAUUAACUACUGUGCCUCCUCCAACACAAAUGUCUUAUGCCACAGAGGAAAAAGAGAAAAAAAACAAGACAGAUCGUUGUCCAGAUGUAGGACAGGACAGACAUGUGUUUGCAUUUAUGUUUUGGAAUCUGCACUGUAAAGUAGCAACACUGGCGCAGGGCAAAUCUCACAUUACCCUGCCAAACCUCUUUCUUCUCUUCCUCGGCUCCUCUACCAUCUGACUGAUUUUAAUCCACCUUUUUGAUCUAAAUCUCCUUUUGUAAACCGCAUCGUACAUUUCUCUGUUCCUUAUUUUCCUCCACUUGUCUUAUCUUUAUCCCCUCUGUUAUACCGUUUUCAUCUUUCUCUACAGGACUACCCUAGUUAUCCCGCCUUUGGCCAGGGGCAGUACGCUCAGUAUUACAACAGCUCACCCUACACUUCACCCUACAUGACAAGUAACAACACCAGCCCCAGCACGCCCUCCACCACCACCACCUACACCCUUCAGGAGCCACCCACGGGCAUCACUAGCCAGGCGCUCACAGAGAGCCCCGCAGGUAAGAAGCAAUCGUCAUGCAGCGAGAUACCUCGUCAAACCUGAAUAUGAGGAGCUUUAACCUGCUCAGAAUUAAGUUUCUUCUUUUUUUCCUGUUUGUUGGAUCACGGGGAGGCCAAGUACAAUAGCUUGAAGUUUCCCCUGAUAAGAAAGCAUGAGCUAAAUGCUGAAUAUCUUGAUCUGUACAAGCCCAUGCGUAAAAUAUGCCGUUAUUUGGAAGCAAAAUUGAUGAUUAAACCUGGAAUAAGAUGAACAAAUUACUAUAAUUGUAUGAGACAGUAAUGCAUCCUCUGGCAGAUCAGCACUGAUUGUAUCUCAAAGAGUCAGUCAGAUUUUAUGACUGCAUUUGAACUCUCAUCAUGCAUCACAAAAUGUAAUUAUAUACUUUGUCAUCGUAUUUAGAUAGACAUUUUUGCUACAUAUUGAUGGCAUGUGUUUUUGUCCUUUAUCAAAUUGGCAGGCCUUUUCAGUUUAGUCAAAUUUUACAUUUUUUAUCCUACAGAGGGGGAAAAAAAAGAAUAAACAGACAAAACAGUAAAAAAGCACCUUGUCUCUCAUCAAAAUGAUUCACAUACAUCAUGCCAAAAGUCUAUGAAUGUGGCAUCCUUCUCAUCUGCAGCAAAGUCUGUCCAUUUCUCAGGUGUUUCUGAAGGGAAAAAGAAAGUCGCUGAUUCUAUUUGAAAGAUUUCUGUUACUAUUUCCAUCUAUUUGCUGAGGUUUGGAGUCUCACAUUUGUACCAUAAUCUUGUAAUUGUUAUGUUUUACAAGCAGUAACCAAAUCCAAAGUCUUCACUCCUUAAGGCUGUGUGACACCAAUCCUCCUGAUUUAUCUCUUCCCUGAUAUUAUUCCCUCUUUACUUCUAUGAAACACGGUCCAGUUAUAAGGAGUUUUUUAUGCAGUUUUGUUUGUAGUCUUUUAAUUACCUGUAGGCCAACAUAGUCACUUAAAUAUUAAGUCUUGACAAAUGGUUUCUCAAAGUCCUUUUUUAGCUCAUCUCUUGAAACACUCUUUUUAUACUUCUUUCCUUCUUUACCCAGCAGAGUACAGUACCAUCCACAGUCCAUCAACCCCCAUUAAAGAUUCAGAUUCAGAUCGAUUGCGCCGGGCCUCGGAUGGAAAAUCACGUGGCCGGGGAAGAAGGAACAACAACCCAUCACCGCCGCCUGACUCCGACCUUGAGGUAGGGUGAGCCCGCUACCUUGGCGACAGACAGCCUCACCCUGUCUGAGGCCCGUGGACACUAAUCCAUUUACUAUAUGGCUGCCACACUGGCUUUAACACUUGAUGGGCAUUAAUUCUUAAAUAUUUGAUUCCUUAGCCAUAAAUGCAUUAUUGAUGCUCUGUGGAAUAUAUGACUCCACUAAACUUAUAUAAAGAACUCACGUAUACCUCGUGAAUUAACAAUAGGCUAUGAGAUUAAGUGAGUCAUCACUGAGGUGAAUAAUAUAUUUAUUGUGGUCAUCAAAUACUGGACACUAGCGGUGACUAACAAUGACAGCAUGGCACCAUGAGGCCAUAAAACUCUUUGAUAGUGACCGUAUAUCAGGAUAAUCUCUGGGUAAUUCAGAGGCUCUUCAUUAAUACGAUAUGAAUUUGAACAAGGUUAAUAGCACCCAUUAUAACACUGACAUCAUUGCAUGUUAACAUAUCUAGUUAAUUAGUUUGUCACUAUUGAUUACUCUAAUGUAAAGGGCAAGAGAUGGAAAGCGUGCAGCGGAGUGAUAGGAGGAGUGUUGCGGUGACCAACCCAAGCAAAUGGAUCCCGGUCCCUGUGGCGCACAAAUACACGCUCCUGGCCUAUUGACCAGGAGGAUCACCUUGCAGCCCUACAGAGUGCCCCAUUGAUUUUUACCUCUUUUUCUCUCUGUUUUUCUUUGUUUCUUUCCUCCCUCCCCUCUCCGUCCUCCCAUCUCUCCAGCGAGUUUUCAUCUGGGACCUGGAUGAAACAAUCAUCGUUUUCCAUUCCUUGCUUACGGGUUCCUAUGCCAACAGAUAUGGACGGGUGAGUGACAUCAGACUGUGGCAGUAGCGGUGUACUUUAUCAGCAAAACACAUAAAUAUUAAAAGGAGAAAGAAAAAAAAAAGAUCUGAAAGAGGGGGAAAUGGUCAUCGAGCGGCGAAGGAUAGAUUUCACUCCAUCCUGGGCCCACAAUGAGACGAUAGAGCAGAACUCAAUGUACAGAUAAUUGUUUCUUUUUUUAAUAGGUCCAAUGAGGCUUGGCAAGUACUCAUGUGCUCUUUGCAGCUGUUGGAGCUAUGCGCGACCGGACGGGGCUCGGCUGCAGGGGCUCACAACAGUUGCACUCUGGAUGUCUAUUGACACAUCUUAAGUGUUCCUUUCUCCUUCAGAAAUGCCACAUUGUUAGUUUAAUUAAGUGCUUCUCAAUCCAUCCUUUUCAGGCUGCAGUCUCCCCUGAGACCCCAGGCAGGAGACUGAGCCCUGCACGUGUAGAUGAGUCCAAACUCAAACUAGAACACAAAGAUUCCCUUGAACUUGCUUUAAUUAGAGUCCAAUUAAAACCGAUGCAUAUAUAGAUUCACAUACAAACACAUACUACUAGGUCAUUUCGCCUACCAUGUCACUGAGUGCGCUUAUAAAAUGAAGAGUUUACUUUUCCAGGCUUUGCUAUUUAUUGUUCCAUGUAAAUUGCCUCUCUAAAUUUAAACUUUCAAAGCAAACAAUUUGGGAAAUAAGGCUGAAUCCUAUUCUCAUGGUUUGGUCGAGGUCAUAGGUUUCUAUAUAGCCUUCAAAAUGCAGCUUCCGCUCUUAUUUUCCCAUUUGAAACAAGAACACAGGAAUAAAAAUAACUAAUCAUAAAUACACAACUUUUAAAGAGACAAAUAAUUAACAUUAAUAUUGAUAUUAUGGUGUCUGGGACUCGCGUUUCUAACCACCAGUUGUUUCAGCUUUGGAGGUGUCUGGGUUUGAAGUCAAAAAUGACAUAUUGCUCCUCAUAUGUUGGAUAGCUUAGUGUCUGAAGUCUGCGCUCUUUGCCUUUGUUCUGGUAUGAAGGGGUGUUUGAUGGGGGCAGUGUUUUGUUUUUGGGGUGAAAGAGGGCUGCCCCGCGACCCUCCACUGUUUAUUUACUUUAUUCUCAGCCCUGCAUGCUGGGUAAAGAGAGCUAAGGCUUAGGGAGCUGUGGCCGAGUGAUGAGGAACUCUCUAACCACACACACACACACACAUAUACACACACACACGCACACACACACACAGGGUCUCCAGUGUGCUCCUCUGAAACAGGAAACACUCCUGACUCCAUAAGGGCCCGCUCCAUCAGAGCUCAUAUAGGAUGUGACAGCCGCAAGAGUCGCUCUCACUCUCUCUUUCCUCCUUUGUUCCUUCUUUUUCUCCUUCUCUUUUCACUUUAGUUUCUUUUUUUUUUUUCUUUUAACAAAUUUUGUCUUCUUCUCAUGCUCCAUCCUGCUGACUUUAUCACAUUUUUAAGAGGGAGGCAUGCUUAUACACAGCAACCGCAAAGCAGGCUAUCAGAAUCACAGAUCUAUAAACUUCUUCAGGAUAGAAAGUGAAGCUCACAAACAUCCCUCACAGCCACAACAACUCCUUCUUCUUCUCCUCCUCCUCCCCUCGCUUUUGUCGUCUGUGUCAUCUCCGUCUCACGGACACAAACAAAAAAUUACAAAGCCGUUUCCCCCUCGUAGCUCUAAACUUACUAUAAAUAGAUGUGUAUCUGAGUGUGUUUGCAUCCACACUUUCUCUCCCUCUCUCUGACCUCCCACCCACUCCCCCUUUUUUUUCUCACACACACACACACACACACAUGCACACACACUGCUGCUCUUAUCAGCUCUUUUAAUUGGCAUCAAGGCAGCUCACCCCCAUAAAGCUGAUGGCUGAGGCCAGCUGUGCUGCUAUUGGGCUGGCCAGAGCUCGAGCUUAAAGUGGGUGGGGAUGGGGGGUGGGGGGGUUGUUAUUGGUAAGGGGUUAAGGAGGAGGAGGUGGUGGAGAGGGGGACUUGGCGCCCCUGUGGAUGGCACUGACAUCUCGGGACAGGUGGUGCUGCAGCUAUGACAGCAGCAGCACUUUGGCCUUCUGGCCUGCUUGUAUUCUUAACUCCCUCACUGACUGAUUGUUUAGAUUUAAUUGGAAAGGAUUCACUCGCGCCGGAGAAGAGUGCCCUUUCCCACCAAACCGAGCCACGGUGCUAAAUCACAGAGCAGCGGCAGAGGUUAGAGAGAGAGGGAGGUGGUGCUCCGCUGAUGUGGGAAGCUAAUUAUUUUUGAUGAAUUCUGGCUGAAAGAUUGAUUCAAACUGGGAGGUGAAGAGGAAGGAGGAAGCGGCUCAAAGUGGGGAUUGAGCUCUACUUGUGUGGUUUGUCCUCCUGUCAUUUUAGUGAAAACAUAAGCAUUGUGAGGUGUGACAGCUAAUCAGGAGAAAGCUCAGGUGUGUCCUUAGGUGGUUUAACUUAGUAAUCCCCGCUUCUGGUGCUGCCUGGUCUUUCAUGCUGUCUCAACCAGUUGCACGAAAUCCUCCUGCAGAGUCUGCAAAUGUCAAUCUUCAUUCUGUGGCUGCAGGAGACAAAAUCAAAAGACUCAAAGCUGGUCCAUUCAUUUAAUUAAUGUCUAUGUUUAAUUAUACAAUGAAACACAAACAUAAGAGGGAGCAAUUUGUUAAUACAGGAGGAAAAAAUCUACGAUUUUGCAUUUUCUUUCUUUUUUUUAAAGGGAAAAUAACACACAUUGUUACAGACUCAUUAACUAUUAACAGUGCAGUUCACCCCUCUUUGGGUGUUAUCUUACAGACAGUGCUACCCAAUCAUCAUGACAGCACGUGUCACAUUACCGACAGACAGCACAGUUUCAGGGAAAUUCAUAAAUGUAUGUCUUCAUCCCACAUUUGGAUAAAACUCUUAAGCCUGUUUGCUUAAGGGAAAAGUGUGCGGUCACAUGAUGCAUCAGCACAAAUAUGCAGCGAGUGGGCUAUUUACGAUGAGACUAUGACCCCGAGUCCUCCAAAUCGACCACCCCUCCUGAGAAGAGACAUGCUUUUACUGCAUUCAUUCAAGUCUGUGGCAUUUCUGAUGACUAUUCUGGUCCCUCUUGGAGGGUCGUAAACAGAGGCCCAAACUUUCAAGUCCGCCUAAUGUCUUCUUUUAUGGGAACGGCCUGCUGAGGAAUUUAAAAGGGAUUCAGCGUUAAUUGAGUGACUAAGAGGGAACAGCGUUAUUUAUUGUUUCACAUUAACUCUUUGAAAUGGAAAAAAAAAAACGUACCUCAGUGUUCAGAAGAAAGGUAUUUAUUUGUUUUUGUCUGUUUUCCAGGAUCCGCCGACCUCUGUGUCACUAGGCCUGAGGAUGGAGGAGAUGAUCUUCAACUUGGCCGACACACACUUAUUCUUCAAUGACUUAGAGGUACAUUUAUGACUUUUCUGUUUCUUACUGCCCUCUUUAUCUUUUUUUUACUGCACUUAAUGUUCACCAAAUGAUGAUAUCAGCGGUCAGAGGAGUUUUUAUGUUGGAACUCAAGUCCAUUAGGUUUUCAGUAAAAGCAGCAACAAGCGUUUCAUAGCGUGACGCCUGUUUCUCAGUUAUCAUGUCCCUAAGCGGUGAAGUAUUACCUCCGAGCUCAGGGGAUACCAUGAAUUUUACAUGUGCUGUCAGUCUCCGUCAUUCCUGGGUCACCAGCCCUGCCCCCCCCCCCUCCCCAUAGAAGCCAGCUCAAUUUGUCAGGCUCUGGUGUUUCUGUCUGUGUCUGUGUCUCUAUGUGUGUGUAUAUCCAUGUGUGUGUGUGUGUGUGUGUGUCACACUGUGUGCUCGGUGUCACUGUCCACACACCACAGACCCCUCUGUCACAGCAUGAAAUCCCACGCCGCCUCCCCUCCCACGCCUCUUUGCCUCUCUGAUUCAUGUACGGCUGGUGUAAAAUCUGCCCCUGGGGCACAGGAAUAGAGGGAUCAAGGAAAGGGAGGUGUGUGUUCAAGAGUGUGUGUGUGUGUGUGUACGGUGGGGUGUCUGAGUGUCUACUUUACUCUGGGGAGAGCUAAAACUAUAAGCAUGUGCCACAUUUUUGCCUACAUAUUUAGUGCAAACUUCUCUCAAGUGAACAAUCAUGACUCCUCUAACUCUACUGAUAGUCGAGGCAGCUCACCUCCUCAUGUCUUUUGCUCUUUUUAAAGUUCUUUUAAUGACUUCAUGAACCUUUUAUCAUCAGGAUUUUUGUCCUUACCGCCUCCUCCGAGUCCCACAGUGAACGUGAUCCCACUGUCCGUGCAUUCUCCCUCCCUGUCCUGCUUUCUGCUGACCUCACAGUAGAGGAAAUGUUUUGUUUGAUACUUAAGUGUGAAGAGAUCUGCGGCCUGUCUGCCAACUCUCAUUACUCACCACUGUGUUCGGCUGUGUUACAUGAAACAAACCCAAGGAGGAGGGUGAAAAAACAGAGAAAGAGAGACAGAGAAAAAUGCUCAUACUCUCCCAGACGAGUGACUGAGAUUCCAAACGCCGUCAUUGUGAUCAAAGUUAAUUGGCUGCAAUUGGCUGGUUAAAUAUUUCCUUAUGCCCUGGCCAUGUAGGAUCCAUCGGAGCUGCGCUUUCUUUUAUAGAUCUGCCCCAAUCAUUUGAAAAGAUGGCAGUUUGUGACAACACUUAAAUGUGGUUUUGCACAACAUCUGUCCUGUGUUUUGAUUUCGUUUCAUGUGUGAUGGAACAGUUCACAGACGAAUUGGCAGCUCGGCUGCUUAUAGAAUCAUUUAAGAAUGAAACACAUAGGGUCCCUCUGCUCUAUCUCAGUGACAAAAUUAUUAGAUUUUCUUUUGACACUUAAAAGCUUUAGAUUUCUGUCUUCAGCUAAAACUGGACUAUUUCUACGACUUAAAUAUCAGUCUGUGGUCUGCUGCAAGCGUCUAAUGUAAAGCUUUCUCUGCAGACGCUGCAGUGAUUGUCAUUAACAAUCACACCAGAGGAGGAGUGACAUUCUCUUGAAGGCGUAUUGAUCUCUCCUCUUAAAACGAGCUCGGCUGCUGCGAGUGUUAAGUGCCAGUUCUCAGCAAUGCCUAACCAGUUGUGUUUCCUCUCUGCUGAUUUACAGUCCUGCAUCUCCGAUAGAGCUAAAUAGAGUCCAACUAUAAAUACCGCAGCCAGCAGCAGUUAUGUAUUUAAGCAUGUGCAGAAAUGCAUAUGGUCCAUCUAAUUUAGUCGAAGCCAUAAAGGGAGACCCCAGAGGCUGUGCAGAAACACAGGUGCAGAGUUAGUGGCCUUAGUGGUGUGUGUGUGUGCUCCAUCUAGGUCUUAACACUGUUGUUCUGCCAGUCUCUGCACAAGAACAUUAAAUAUGAACUCACAGCCACACUAGUUGUGCAGUCUCUUUUUAUUGACCUUGCAUUGAAUGCUUGUUUAUUGAAUAAAUUAAUUAGUUUUAAACAAUGCACAAGGCUUUUUUUUUGUUUUACCUUUCCAAGCCUCUUCAAAUCACAAUGAAGCAUAAUAUUGUGCUCAGCCUGCAGAAGCCAGAGCAAAUACUCUGUUCUUGUGUAUUAUGUGUUGAAGUGUGUGUGUGUGUGUGUGUGUGUGUGUGUGUGUGUGUGUGUGUGUGUGUGUGUGUGUGUGUGUGUGUGUGUGUGUGUGUGUGUGUGUGUGUGUGUGAGAGAGAGUGUGUGUGCGUGUGUGAGAGUGGAGGCUGGGCCGUGUUGAUAGAGCUGGUGAGUGACGAUUCAGAGGAAAGUCAUAAAAAGAAAGAGGGCAUGCCGAAGGGGUCAACAGGGAUCAGUUUCACCCUUACGUCUCUUUCUCUCUUUCUCCUCGAACCCUUUUCUGGAUCAGCGCUUUCUUUUUUCAUGCACUGUUCGGCUAAAAUGCAUCCUUGUAAUACUGCACCUUCCUGAAGAGUUCUCUUCAGACACAGAAACUAUAACAUAAACCAAAAAAAAAAAAGAAAACACUCUUUUCUUAAUUAAGGUCUUGUAGUUUGUGAGUCUGCGUGUGGUUGUAGCACAUUUUCCUUGGCUGUUGCACGGCUAAAAAAGAAAGUCUUAUGAACCACAACAGGGAAAACUUCACAAGUGGCUCCAAAAUGUUUAAAAAAUUACUAAAAUUUAUUUAUUUAGAGAGAAUAAAUCCAACACAAAUAAUUUUGAUUUAAACCUACAAACUUCAAUUCUUUUGGUUUAUUGUAUUUAAGAGUAACAUUUCAAAAAGGAGCUUGGCCGUUUUGUGUAUUUUAAGGACACUUUAAAGGCUAAAUUACAGAGUUAGAUUUAUUGUAAAUAUGCAUUAUUUUCGACAAAUAGUAAAUUAGCUUCCUCGGGUGCUCGCUCUGUGUCAUGUGAGUUAAUUGAUGGUCCGCGGUGAUGUGUUUAAUGAAGCCCACUGAGGCUGAGCUCACUUGGAGAAGACUGACAGCUCUGCUGUGACUCAGGGUGUGAGUUUACUGUAGGUGCGCUGCAGCGGCCCAAACGCUAACGUCGAGCAGUAUGUGGGAACCGGGGGCCUCUCUCUCUGACCGAGCCCCCUGUGCUCCCUUCUCAGUGGGGUAUGGGGGGCUGCCGUCUCCCCCUUUCCUUGGGUGAGAAAACAACCCUCCCUGUCUGGUGGAUAAAGGGCAUGGGGGCAAAGCACUCACAGGGAGAGAAGGGGGAGAGGUCUCUAAAGGUGGGAACAUUUUGAAUUAGUCCAAUGAUGUCUCCACGCUGUGCACACGCACUCCAAACUCUGAAUAGUUUUAACACUCACACAUAUACGUACGUUUAAACACAUGCUUUUUAAGCAGUCAAAAAAGCACCCGCAAACUCUCCGUGUCCCUCACAUGUACCUGUGGAGUCACCCUGUGACACUGCGAGCUGUAGCCUUUUAUAGCUCCCAGCCUGCAGUCACAGGGUUGAAACCUCCUCUGUCACUCUCACCCAGCGGCUGCCUGUUAAUGAGAGAUGCUGUGAAACGCAUGGUUACCUUUUUCCUCGUGGCUGAAACGGCCCUCCAGAGCCUCUUACUGUGGAGCCAUUCUGCUGGUUUUAUAUCCCACUGUAGAGAGUCAGGUCCUGUACUCACCAUUCCGUAUGAUUGGUAGCUUUAUGGUGUUUUCCUUGAAAGUGUUUUUUUGUGGUUUUAUUCCCAGUAAGGUAAAACAUGAUGCUGACUGUUCAUUUCAUUGAACUUGGAAAUUCUGUCAUUCAGUUGACGGGGUACCAUUUAACACUCUAGCUUUUUGGCACUCAUGUUUAUUUAUAUUCCAAAAUUUCCAUGGCAACGUCAAACUCUGCACCGGUUAAAAACCAUGAAACCCUUAAUUUGCGAUCCCUUUUUUCUUUGAAUUUUCAAAACAGGCCUUUUUCACACAGAGUUUAUUUGGUCAGAUGGUCACACACUGAUGUGGGUGUUUUAUCAUGCGCCUGGCCACUGAUGCAGCACUUCUGUCAUGCUCCUCGACAUAACUCCAUCACGUCUCCAGGCGGGACUACUGAUGUGUUUUGGAAAGACUACAGAGAGAAAAUGAAGGUUUCAAAGCCACCCUGUCAAUCUUGCUUCCACAGAGCUCCACCACGCCCCCACUCCGCUCCACACUUUUCUAACACAGACUGUUCAUGCACCAAUAGGGGAUGAGGGUGCACGGAAAAUACAGCGUUACUGUCUGGUAACAAACGAUGAUAUUUAAGAACACAUUUCUUAUCCCAAAUUAAAGACAGAGUGACAGCACCUGCCCAGCGUGCUCCUUGGAGGAGUGAACAGAAACUUGCAGAGAUCGGUCCAAACAACAGUCCUUUUGGCAAGAGUAAACAGUUUCUCUGAGCCGAGGAGGGAAAAUGCUGAAAUGACUGAGAUUUGAUAUUGUAUUUAACGUCGCCCUCCUCCAGGUGUGGUUUGGACUUGCAACCUCAUAAAUAGGGGACGUGAAAAGCGGCUCAUCCAUCAAACAUAACUAAUUUGUAUUUUUCACUGCUUACCUGCAGGGCGUUUCUUUCUUUUCCACAUUUUCUAGUCACUGCAAGAAUGCUCUUUAGACCGCUUUAUUAAGUCUCAGACCGUUUCUGAGUGAGGCGUACCUGUGCUUCUUCUGGAUCCCUCCUCCUGAUCGUGUGAAUUUCUGUAUGACCAGCAUGGACGACUCUGUACCUGUGCUUUGUUUGGCGCCGCUGUUUGAAUUCCGUGGCUGUUCAAGCACAGAUUGUGGAUAGGAAUGAAGUGGGCUCGAAGAACUCUCCCUUUGUUACCCACAUCCUGUGUUUGACCCCCAGGUAAUCACAGCUCCCCCUCCUUGCUCCUCUCCCCCACCAGACAGGGGUGCCUGUGGUGGGAACGGAGAAGGAAGUUGCUGGGGGUCACAGACCGCGGGGGGGAUGACAGCCACUGCCGGUGCAGUGGCAGUAUUGAGAACCUGCGAACCAUGGAUGAGCCUUUUUCACAUGGCAUUAGCCUGUAGGGUCACAGGGAAUGCUGUGAUGACGGCUGUUAUCGCUCACAGUGCGCCUCUGACCACCCACCCCCACCCUGACAGCUCACCUGAGAGAGAGAGGGGCUGAGCUGGACGACAAAAAAUGGACACUACCAACACGGUGACCUCAACCUUCAUGGGAAAAACAGGUCUCGGAGUUUAAAUAGCUCCAUCCUUUCUGUGUUUUGGCAACAGGCGUUUGUGACUCGCCCUGUCUUUCUUCUCCCGGCCUCUGACUACUGCAGUCACCACUCUGAGCUCUUUCCAGGGCUACAGGAAGACUCAGGCCGUCAUCGCUGAUUGCCUAAUGACAGACGCCACAGGAACAAAGAGGGCUCUGAUAACUCCCCCUACAGUGAGGACGCCUCAGCAGACUAGUAGAAAGACAAAGAGACAGGGAGAGGAAGAGAGAAUGAAUUAUGUAGAGAGGGAGCAUCCUGAAGCAGAGGAAUUCUGUCUUCAAUCUCGUUCAUUUCUGUGUUUUUUUUUUUUUUUUUCCUGUACAGAAACAGACGGUCUGGUAGCUGGGAAGAUCCAGAUAAAAGAAGAAUGCUGCUGAUGAAUUUAACAGAGCGAUGUAGUGUUUGCAUAAGGAGUAAUUGUGAUGGCUUCUGGUGGAGGGUCUUCACUCCUGAGUACAGUAGGAACAUCUGGUGCGAGUUAGCGGUGAUUGUAGGUUUUAGAGAGACCACUGUUUGCUUGGCGAGGGGAGAACGGGGGGAUUCGAUGGAAAAGAGAUGUUCAAAAGGUUCUAAGAAAUUUCUCAAGCUGCCCCUCAAAGUACCACCGUUUUGAGGCCUGUCAUUCUAUUGUUGGCGUUACACAAACAAAAUAGGAGCAGGAUGUUAUUUUCUCUCUGAGGCGCUCCAGUGAGUCGGCAAUAAUGGACGCUGUCUGAGUCGGUCAGCGAGUAAACUUCAUCACCCCGCAGAUUGUGUUUCCAUCCGAUCCACUGCCGCUAUACGACUGGACUUAACUAACUCUAACCUGCAGCAUCCAUGCCUCUGUGGUGUUUACGAGGCCUUCAGAAGUGGCUACUAAUGAGAAUGUGUAAGGGUUACUGUACGACAUUACCCACAGCCACCUCCUCCAUUAGCUUUUCCAGUCCUCCCAGGAAGCCAGUGCAGAGGUUUAUACCAGCCCCAGCUGGGAAGCGUAAUUGUUGGAGUCUGCGCAUUCCUCCAACCAACCCCCUCCUUUUUUUAUGCCAGGCACACACACACACACACACUCACACACACACACGCGGUAACUUCUAUCUGGAGGUAGAGAAGGGCAGUUCAGCUGUUUAAUCAGAAUCAUUAUUUCUGACAAGCUCAAAACAAAGGCGGGUGUUCAAACUCUCCACUGUGUUUUUCUUGGCUGUUAAAUGUUCAGACACUUUACACUUGUUUGACUUUGAGGAUUUGGAAAAGUUCAUGUCAAAUCUUUCAUAAUCAGCAGCAGUUUUAAUGACCGCAGUCUGAUUACUGACACAUAUUUAUGUGUUUGGAUCACGCUCCAGUCCCGGUUCCCGCUCCUAAAGUAGGCUCAUAAUUAACGCUUAGAGUAAUACUGCUCUCUGAUCAGUGUGUUGAUCCAUGCCAGCUGUCAAACUCUGAAAGAAACACAUGACAGGGAGAAGAAUAAACACAAGGAACUAUUGUUAUCGGAGAGACAGCAUAUAAUUUGGCAGUGAUGCAGAAAACAAGUGGAGCUGAAUGGUUGCAUCAAAGUGAAAGUGGAAUGAUUGUCUGUGAUUCAUCAGCAGGUAAUUACUGCAUAAUAGGAGCAUUCCACUCACUUGCACCAGAAUGGGAGGUCUUUAAAAGACGGCUUAACCCAGGCUGCUGUUUUUGUUGUCCUAAACAAACAGACAUGCCUCUACUACUUAAGGAAUUAAGCAAACCAACACUUGUGACUCCAGUUCUGUAUUCUGGGGUAACUUGUGAUCGUAAUUUAUCUACAAGUUUUCUGGCUGCACAUCGUCUGGCCGGGACAAAUUGCUGCUUUCUUGGAAUAUUGGAGAUAUGCUGGUGAGUGUCUGGAAACAGAUUAAACCAUCCGUGCUGAAAGCCCGUCUCCAAUUGGCAGUCCAUCUCCUGGAACGUGGGGCUAAGAGCUCACUCCAUGUGAGGUCAUUUUGACUCUCUCCCCCCCUGCUUUAACCCACCACUCUCCUCCAUCUCCACCUCUCUACCCCUCCCACCCCCUUCUUAUCGGGGUGCCGGAGCCCCGGAGUGGGAGGGGAGAGGGGUCACGGGGUCAAAGUCUUUUCCUCUUUGGAUCUUGGGGCUUGCUGGGAGAGGCUUGGCGAGAGAAUGGCUGCAUUAGAGCAGGGGUUGGGGGUCAAGAUUUUAAUUCUGUUAAAGAACAGCUGGUUUGAGUUUCUCCGCACGUCGCUCUCACCCUCCCUCUCCCCACAAAUCCAGGGAGAUGAAAAAUUUGUUCAGAGGGGAACCAGUAAAAUAAAAAAGGUUUACAGUCCAAAGCCCUUACCCUUACCCUGCUCCGGCAUUAGAGAGGAAUGCAAUAACGUCAGCAUUUGGCAUCAGUUAGAUUGACUUAAAACAAGGAAGUCCUUUCUGUGUUUUGGUGUCUUAACAACCGGAUGAAACUUAAUUAAAAAGUUAAAAAAUCUGGAGGGAUUUUUCCAACUCUGGGCUGGAGGAAUUUUCUCUUGCUAGUUUCAAUUUCCACAAGAAAUUAUUAUUCCUCACUUCACUUCAAACAGGUGAGGGUAACUUUUGGAGGUUACUCAACAAAUUUCCAACUCAGAGAAAUUCUUUUAGAUAAGAAGAGGGUUUGUCGUCACAUCCUUUAGAAAGACUUUUGCUUUGAGUCUGAGCAAAAAUAAGCGUAGCUAGUUUUUCUCUGCUGCGUCACAUGUGCGAUGUGUUGAUCUGAAUGCCAAUGCAGGACUCCCCUCACAUUUCAAGCUGGCUGAGAGGGCAGAGAGAGGAGGAGGGGUAGGGGGUAGUGAGGGGAGGCACUAGCGCUCUCCUAUAAAUGGAAAACUAAUAACAGAUUUUCAGUCUGCUUUCUCCUGAGCUCUCUUGCCUGCUGCCUGGCCCCGGGGCUGUGUUGGUGUGUGGCGCAGCAGCAAUCAGAGGUCAUAAUUUCAUUGGCGGUUAGCAUCAGGUUCAAUUUUUCUAGUAGGUUACAUUUACCAGAAAGUCUGGAUUGUGUUACCGUGUACCGGUGGAAUCAUUGCAGAGCUGCAGAAUCCCUCUACCUUUCCAAGAGGAGCCCGGCACCCCCACAGGGGAAGAGGAGUGCGCACAUAUGUUUGGAGAUGCACACACACUCUUUCACAGACACACUCAAGCACACGCACAGGCCAUUAGUGCCAAGGCUUUUUAUACAUCCAACGAGCCCACAUACAUCCUUCUACUGUAUGUAUAUAUAUAUAUAUAUAUCAGUACUUUCAGAAAUAGCUGCUCAAAUUCAAACCUGGGGAGUGUUUAGAGUUGCUAGAUUGAGACUUAAUUGGUUAUGUCUGUGGGUGUGCAUAUCUUUGGACCCCUCUAGUGGUGGCAGUGCUUUCCCACUGAUGAUGAGGUAGCUCUCUGUUUGGACAGAGCUGCUGAAGGAAAGAGAAAAUGGGGGGGCUGAUUCAGAGAAAGUCAAGGCGAAGAGGGAUUAAGGCCGAGACUCGCAGCCAAAGCGCAGAUUCCUGAAUAAAUAUGUUGUUUUUUGAGGAAAAGUACUUCCUCCUCAAAAGAGAGAAACUAAGAGUUUUUGAAUCCUCAGCGACUUAAGUUGUAUGUUUUCUGUGUUUCAGGAGUGUGACCAGGUACAUAUCGACGACGUGUCCUCUGACGACAACGGCCAGGAUCUGAGGUACAGCGCUGGUACACUCUUGACUCAUUCUUGAUUGACCAGUGAGGGCGAACUUCACUCUUUUCUAGUUUCAACUCAAAAACAUCCUGUGUUGACAGUUUCUGUCUUUGUGUUCCUCUCAGUACGUAUAACUUCGGCGCUGAUGGUUUCCACGCAGCGGCAACCAGUGCCAAUCUAUGUCUGGCCACGGGCGUGCGGGGCGGCGUGGACUGGAUGAGAAAACUGGCCUUCCGCUACAGACGAGUAAAAGAAAUCUACACCACCUACAAAAAUAAUGUCGGAGGUAAUCCCCAACAAGGAGCAGCAGAUCUGUCCAGUAGAAAUAAGUCGUGCCAUCAUUAUGUGGGCGUUAGUGUGAGAGUCUGCGCAUGUUCACGUGUGUGUGUGUUCUAAAAGCACACACCGCUCGGUCAGGGUUAAAUUUUGAAAAUUUCAGUGGUAUUUUCAAAGCGCAGGUCCAACCCAAACAAUGUUCCCCUGCCUUUCAGGUCUGCUGGGCCCAGCCAAAAGGGAAGCCUGGUUGCAAUUGCGAGCAGAAAUUGAAGCCUUGACGGACUCCUGGUUAACACUGGCACUGAAAGCACUAACAUUAAUCCACUCAAGGUAGGACUGCAGUGAGGAAAAUUGCACCCAGUCCCUUACCGCACUUUAAAAACACACAUGUGGUGUAAAUAAGUCAACUCCGAACUCUCAAGCUAUUAAAGAAAACACCAAUGCAGCAAUUUGUCUUUUGGACACAUUUUCUUGUCUGACUGUGGACGAAAAGUCAGAUCAUAGAUGUGACUCCAUUUUUCAGAGCAGUAGUGUUGUUAUGUUUUUCUCUGUCCUCCCUGUGAGCGGUUUCCAAUAAUCCCUCUGUUCGUCUCUGUUCUCUCACUCCUGCAGGUCAAACUGUGUGAAUAUCCUGGUGACCACCACGCAGCUCAUCCCUGCUCUGGCGAAGGUGCUGCUCUACGGCCUGGGAAUAGUCUUUCCCAUUGAGAAUAUUUAUAGUGCAACCAAAAUAGGUAAACACUGCCAUUAAAAUGUCCGCUGUGUAAACAAUUAUUACUUUGAGGACAUGAGUGGUUUUUAUUUUGGCUUGGUGACUGUGAAAACAAAUAAGACCAAAUGACAGGUCAGAGACGUGGAUUGGGUGGGAGAUUCAGUCACCAGAGAGGCUUGAUGUUCUACCCAAUCAGACAGGGAUUAUUUUCCUGGAGUUGGGCCUUUGCUGGGCCUCUGCAGGCCUCUCCUGUUCAGCCUCUGCAUAUGAAACCACUUCUGCGCAUUUAUGUCAGCAACAUCCCCCCCCCCCGCCUCCUCUUUUCCUCCCUUUCUUCACUGUUUCAAAUGCAAAAUAAACAUCGAGCUUCACUCCUGCACCGUUUUUAGGCCCCAUCAGUGCUGAGUUGGAGCUGAGUGCAGCUCAGGGUUCCUCAGAUCGCUAAGCACACCGGUCCUCCUAACCAAACCCUGCAGCAUGCAAAAGUGAUUAAACUGAUUUAAGAGCAUUUGUCCCGUGUUUGAGGAGCAGGAGGGCAGAGUUAAUGCUUUUCAGAUUGGCUUUAUCUCCCAGCUGAUCUUAUCACAUCUCCUCUCCGGGCUCUAAGUGUUUACACUCUGCACUAUUUUGUGCAUGUGGGGUGUUUUUAAAGGAGCUCUUGUCACCCUGUGCCUCUGAAUAAGCUUCAUGUUGUUUGUUGGGAAAUCUGCGUGCAUCCAAUACACUAACAUCCCGUUGUCGACCUCCUCUGCAGGGAAGGAGAGCUGCUUCGAGAGAGUAAUUCAAAGGUUCGGGAGGAAAGUUGUUUACAUUGUUGUUGGAGACGGCGUGGAAGAGGAGCAAGGCUCAAAAAAGGUAAGAAGCCUGCGUACACGUCGGGUCAUUGGGUGGGAAGUACACAAAGCUAGAAGAAAGGAUAAUGUUUGGACCUGUUUUUACUUUCUGCGAGGGCAGGAGUUCACACUGCAGAACACAAAACAUACCUGCCAUACCGCUCCAAAGAAAGGACUCAGCGCUCUGGCUCGGCCUCUCAACAGUCUUACUUUUCUUUCGUUCUUUUAUCCUCUUAUAGCGCGUCCAAGUACAAGAGAGAAAGUCUGUAGUGUGUAAUCAGCGCUCUUCCUCCGCCGGCUCAGGUUUACAGAGCAGGGGAGGGGAGAGAUGGCAUAAUUAUAUAUCCCUGCUCUGUGCCCUGAGCAGUGUGAAUGCUGUGUGUGUAAUGCUAGGCCGGCCCUUUGAGGCAUGUCGUAAACAGAGCGCACAUAAAGAGACUUAAAUCAUUGUUGAUGGAAUUAGAAUAUUUACUGCAAUCACAAGCCUGUGAGCACAAGAAGGAUCCCUCUCUGAACUUUUCUCAGUACCUGUUGGCUCCUGCUUCCAUAUUUGUAAAUUCAGCAUUUCUGCCAAGGUUUGAGUGUAAACCAAAUACCGCACACAGCAAACACGUUCAUUAGCGAAUUAAUCAGAGCAUAUUUCACUGUCAGUGUCGGUGCGCCACAGCGUCAAGCUGAAGACGAGGAGUUUCCCUUUGAAAACCCUCCGGCUCCUUUUUCACCUGUUUCUCAGUAAACAACGAGUCGAAGCGCGAGGACAGAUGAAGAGUGAUUAGGCGGCGAUUAGGGAAGAAGUAGCAACCUUUCCCCCUGGAUGAGUGUGUAAAAGAAUAGCCCGGUGUUGUGAAAAAGCAAACACACCCUGAGAAUAAGCUCCGGAGGGAAGAUUGUGGAAAAAAAAAGAUGCAAAUAUUUUUACUCAGUCUUGAGUUGUCGGAUCGUGACGUUGAUGGAAGGAUAAGGCGUUUUUUUUUUUCCCCGUCUGAGUGCCCAGAGUCCCACGACACGCCAUGCGGUAAAAGGUUUCUGUGUCAACAUCAGAGAGGACGUGGAAUAACACAACAAUUUCAGCCGUCAGGAGGCACACAUCAGACGUGACACUGUGCGAACUACAAAAGCAAAAGUCUUAAAGUCCUCUCAGCCCUCAUUCCUUCAUCUGGAAGAGGAAAAAAAAAAUUCUGCUCUCAGUUAUUACCGUCGCCCGGGAGAGAAGGCAGAGAUAUUAUCUCCUGCUUUUAAACUUAAAAGGAAAGACAAUUUACAAAACAAAAAGCAAAGAGCUUUUUAAGGGUCAGUGCAGGCUCCUCUAAGCGGAACAUACGCCUGGGAGAGGCCGUACCUUUGAUAAAGAGGAGGGGGGUUAUGGGCUCCACACAGCCAGGAGCUGAGGACUCUACCUGACAGGCUCCUUUCAUUCUCUGUGAUUCUCAGGUUUCUGCCUCUGUCCUCUGCUGAGGAACAACAGCUCAUUUGCACUGUCCUAAACACACACACACACACACACACACACACACAGACGGGCUGGAGGUUCACUGGAGACACUGAGGGAAAUUUAUUUCUGCUGUGGGUAAAGACAGCAGCUGGAUGAGUUUGUUGGAGUUAAAGUACAUUAGGAUGCAGAGGAGGGCUAUUUGGUUGCACUGAUAUGUACAGUAGGAAGCUGGAGGAGGAGUCAGGGCAUGUUAGAACGAUCAUUUUUCCUGGUGAGUGGACAGGAUUUACUUCAUUCACUCAGUUUGUUGGCUAGUGUGUCUCGAGAGCAUCCGCAUAUGAUGCAAAUGAUAAUAAUGAUGCCUUCAAUGUGUCAGGAAAGAGUGAAAUAUGCCUUUAAAUGGUAUUGAGGUUUUUUAGUGUUGUUUGCUGAACGGCAAAUGGACAGAAGCAGCAAAUCUGCACAUUUGUGGUAUUAGAACCAAAGGUUUUUGAAAAUUUUCUUUAAAAAUAUCAAAUUUAUCUAUUUAUGCUGCGUUCAAGUUACCUCCGAAGUCAGAUGUCAGAGCUGAAAAUGACGUCACACCUGAGUUAUCAGUAUUUCAAUUACCAAGUCGGAAAAAAGCAAAAUCGGAGUCGGAAACAAGAUGGCUACAUCUACGAAAGUUAUUUUAGCGUUCUCCUUCUUCAUGUUAUGUUCAGACAAGACAUGCACUAAAAUAACUUUUGAUUUUUUCCAACUUGGUAACUGAAACGCCGGUAACUCGGGUGUGACUUCUGAGGUAACUCAAAUGCAGCAAUAUUCAUAGUCUUUAUCAUUGGGACUUAUCAAUGACCUCUUUUUUCAACCUCAAAGUUGUGUAUAAUUUGUGUUUUUGAACAAUAGCUUUACAUAAUGUGGUGUUUUCAUUCGUCCCACAGCACAACAUGCCCUUCUGGAGGAUCUCCAGCCAUUCAGACCUCAUGGCCCUCCACCAUGCUCUAGACCUGGAGUACUUGUAGCACUACAUCACCUCCGCCUACCUGGCUGUGCUUCAGCAACACCCUGCAACCUUUCACCUUCACCCUGCAGCUCCAUCCCACGCUUACUGCAGUCCCUGCAGAACCCACCUCCUCCACCCCUCCUCAGUGCUGCCUGGCGUCUGUCUUCCACUCCACAGGAAGAAAAGAAGAGAAGGAGGAUGGGGGUAAAAGAGGCUGAGCACACGGUUAAUGUGCUGACAUACAGUCACACUUUGUCUUAACCUGAAACUUUUUUUUUUUUUUUUUGUUUUAAAUCUGGAAGCGAAGGAGAGAGGUGAAUUUACGGCGCUGCAGCUGCUUGCCCUGGUUACUGUGAAUCGGCCGCUUUCUGAAGCUGUCAAAGUGUUUUACGGCCCCAUGUUUCAGCCAGGACUCUGUCAGGGUUCACACCUGUGAGGGGAGCAGAGCUACUGACGGCCUCGCUCGCCUCGCCACAGAAAAACACAGGAGCACGACUACUGGUGGUGACAUUUCUCCAUCCCUUUGGCUCCCUCCUUCAACUCUUGACCUGCUCCUUCUCUGUCUGUCUACCUUUGACUCCCCCCCCCCCCGUCGUGAGACAGACAGACAAAGCGACUGCUUCUCUGUCGGCCCUGGAGUCCUGAGCUUCUUAUUUAUGAACGGAGACUUUAAGGGUGGCACCGUUCCACUGAGAAGGUACCUCGAUGACAAAAAGACUCGUGCCUUUUACAGAGUACUACAACAGUAAGAGGAGGACAUUCGUGGAUUAAAAAAAAAUUAAAAAGGGGGUUUUCUAAUAAUUUAAGAAAAAACAAAAAACUUUAUUUACAAUGCUGAGACAAUCGUGUAUAGAGGAAGUUUUUUUGUGUGUGUAAGUUUGUAAUCACUGGACUAUUCCUUCCUAUAUUCAUUUAGGUACGUGAUCUUGAAAGGUGGUAACGCUUUUUCAUGGAAGUAAAAAAAAAAAAAAAUUUAAAGGCAUCCCAAAGCACAGGAGCUUGUGCGGCGCCUGAAAGUGUUGAUGUGUUGGAGUUUUGUUCAGUAAACAAAUAUGUAGAUAACAGGAUUUUGUGAACAAUCGUUUUGUCAAGACCAAAAGCAUGGAUGUCAAGUGUCAAUGAGCUCUCAUCUAAAUCUGUGAUUUUUCUUGUCCUCACAGGAAACUUCAAUCACAACAGGUCUCCUCUACUGCAAGUUUAAGACUCAUAUUUUAAAGGGAAAAAGGGGGUUUUCUUUGUUUGUUUUUUUUAUGUUUCAGAAAGGUAGCUCACUUCUUUUGUCCUCAAAACAUUUCACCAGCUUGCAGCCCUGACCCCGUAAAUCUGGAGGCGAACUUAAUUUGAAGGGUUUCUGAUAUUGUGCGGAAGUGAAAAGUUGUGAUUUUAUGCCUCCUGGCAGCCAUUUUAACGACAAAUUUAAAUCAAUCAAAUAUUUAAAAAAGCAGGCUUGAAUAGGUUUUAUUAUCUUUUAUACAAGCGCUAUAACAACUCUUGUACAGCAAGCGUAAUUUUGUAUGAUAUGGUGUUUUUAUUUGAACAUUCUGUGUCCCUCUUUGAAAUAGCUGAAACACAUGAAGCCCUUUUGUAUGAUGCUUCUACGUCUGUGGGUAGAAAACCAUGAUGAACAUUUAGAGUAAAGCCACUAUAGCUUCGAGGGGUUUGUGAACAUACAGGACAUGUGCUAUCGACUGUGAAUUUCUUAAACAGAAACCGAUUCCACGCGUUUCUCAUUUUUUCCCUCCUUUGCACAUGAUCAUUGUCGGCCUUUACUUUUCAAUUUGGUGUCCUCGUACUUCCCCACACCCACCCACCCGCCUCCUCUCCUCUCUUCAUCUUCUCAAACAAACUUCUCCCCCCCACACUCUGGGGGGGUUUCUACAUAUUGCUGCUAGAUCCAGGUAACGGUAGGUCAAUAGGGGAAAUGUUUUAUAGAUUCAUACAGCACGCCUUUUUUUUAUUAUGUUGCAAUCAUAAAUGCAAACUGGAAAUACUUUACACUACACGGGCCUCAUUGUGAAAUGCAAAAGAUUGUUGUGUCUGCAAAAUAUGUGUACAGAUGUUUUUGACAUUAUUAUUUGAUUGUGUUUAAAUUAAUAAAACUGAUUUGUGAACUGUU